GGGGUGGUGCUGCUGCAGUCAGCCUCAUUUUUCCAGAGGAUCUGCGCUGAAGGAGCAGAGAGAGAGAGUUCUCCUCACUGCCACACCGACCGGAGAGGGACUCUUCCGGACCGCACACCGGCUCUGACAUCGCUCCUCCAACCCGGACAGGGUGCACCGUCCCGGGGGUGAACUCUGCGCGGACUCGGCCUCUUCUUUGGAGCUCUGCAGCCGAGUCUCUGCUCCUCCACCACCUGCUCUUCUCGAUCUGUCCUCUCUGCGUGUGUGUGUGUGUGUGUUGGGGUGUGCAUGGGGACAGUUUUUGCAGAGCUGUUAACGUGAGUGUUUCACACACACAUUCACACUCUACCGGAUUGGAAGCGAUGCCUCCUCCUCCUCUUCCUCUUCCUCCUGCAGAGCUUUUUCCCUCUUUGUGGAUGGAUUUCUGAUGGUUUUUUUAACACUCUGGAUUUAGGAUAUGGACUGACUCCUUCUUCAGGGACGCAGUGGAAGUAAAAACCCGCACAAGUCCAGAAACACGAACAGGUGAGGGACGAUUUCACUUUCACGCAAAACCGGAGAGUCUGUUUUUCUGCUUUGAGUGGAGUGUGUUCAUGCCUCUGCACAUUUGAGCGUGUGUGUGUGUGUGUGUGCGUGCGUGUGUUGAAGUCCAUGUGACCUAUGUGUUGGAUAAGGUCUAACUGGGGCUACAUUCUUAUCUGCUGAGCCAUGUUCAGAAACCCCCUCUGUGCACACACACACACACGCAUAAACACACCACCCCUUCUGCUUUUACAGGAAAAUUAUCUAUUUUCAGACCAACGUAGAUCAUAUCUGAUGAUCUUUUCCAUGUCCAAACAAACACAUUAGCAGCUGGAGACUCACUCCUGAAAACUGAGAACAGGUGACUGAGCAGGACUUCCUUCACUCUGCUCAGUCAUGAUUCUUCAAUCCUGCUUUAAAUUCAGUUUCACACUAAUAUAAGUUUGUCUCUCUCUCUUUCUGCUGCUCUCACUUGAACAGAAACACUCAUCGCUCUCCUCAGAUUGUGCCUUUAAUGAAACUCUGAAGCAAUUAUAUGAUUUAAAGUCCCUCAGAUUAAUUUCCAAUUAAAUGUUCAUCCCCUUCUGACAGUUUAGAGGACUUCUUUGAAGCUCUGCUGAAGAAAGUUGUUGAAUUAACGAGGAUCUUCGUCGUUAAAGUGUUUUUGGUGUCAGAGCUGAUCCUCCCGUCAGUCUGCAGUUUGUUUGGCUGCAGCAGGAACAGAAACAUGAGAUGCUCUCAGCUGCGUUUGCACAGGGUGUGUGUGUGCGUGUGUGUGUGUGUGUGUGCAGCUCUUGGUGGUUCAUAUGUGAGUGAAGAGGAAAAACACACCUGCAGUUGCCGACGGUAACACAGGUGUCACCAUGUUCUACACAUUUGACAUCCUAAAGAGUGAAAUUUCUGUUUACAGCCGUUUUAAUCCGCUCGGUUUCCCUGAAGUAGUUUAUUUAUGAGAUGGAAUUACACCUGUGUGUGUGUGGAUAUGAAGGAAAACUGUAUUUUUCUGGAUAAACUUAAAGUUCCUCCGCUUUAUGAAGAAGGAUGAGUCUGCAGUGGAGUAACCCCGAACAUGAAGACGAACGGUCAGUGAGCACACCAGCAGAGAGAUGGAGUGGGCGCCUCCCUUCACCAACGGAGCGUCGAGUCAGACCCACGUCACCUCAGAGAGGAUAAACGGUUAACUCUGACAUCCCAGAGACACCUCCCAACUCGCAGCGAGCUCCAGGUCCUGACAACACCCUACAACACAGUACCACGUGUCCCUGAAUCCCACCAAAGAGAAAGAGGCUGGAGCGAGACGCCUCCACCAGAUCAGGCUGCACCUUUAUACUUUGUGUAUAACGUGUCGAGCUAAACCAGAAUUAUGUCGCUGCUUUUCAGUGUCUGUGUUACAGAUUCACAAUGUUUUAUUCCUCUGAAGUACUCGUGAAGAUCGGGGGUUGUCAGGACCACAUUUAGGAUCAGAGGAGAGGAGAGAUUAAGAAGCAGAAGUAGCUGCUAGUGAGCUAGCUUUAGCAGGAAGAGGCCUGAUGUUUUUGUUUCAUAUAUGCAAACGGAUGUUUUUUUAAUUUCGACGAAUCAAUAGAAAAUAACCUUCUAGCACAAAAGAGAAGGAUAGUUGAGGAUUGCGUGGGUCACAUGGUACAAACCUCGUAUCUGUCUACUCGUAAUAAACUUCCUUGAACUCCUCCUUGAUAUUUUCUCGGGGACUCUGUGGGAUUGUUGCAGAUGAAGUGUUUGCUUUCACACGUGCUCCUCAUCCUGAAAAAUCUGGGAAAUGUUCUGGGGCAGAAUGUAAACACAGAUUUAAAGAACUUAAAUAUAGCCCAUCUCUCUCUCUCUCUCUCUCUCUCUCUCUCUCUCUCUCUCUCUCUCUCUCUCUCUCUCUCUCUCACUGGUAAUCUCUUGUUUUCGUUGGAACAGCUGUUUCUUCUCUGACAUCCUUUCACUCUUCACCCUGCAUGCUUUGCCAUUUGGCAGCUGAAAUGCAUCAUGGGAUAGUUAGCCUCUCCUCCUGACUCCUUCAUGCUUGUGUUUCUUAAAUCAGACGUUGUUCUCGCUCUUCUCUCUCCCUGCCUCCCCCCCCCCCCGGCUCUUCUCUCUCGUGUCCCUCUUUGUAAGACCAGAGGUGAGCGCUCCACCGACACGUUUUGCUGAGUGCAUUUAAAUAUUAAUCUCCUGUUAGAUGCCGUGCCAAAGCUCUACACCGUAAGGAAAUAAGCAGCCAGCCCUCCGUGGAAGCACUCGGAUGCUGCUGCCACAAUGAACUCCACACUCCACCUGUCCAGGAAGUGUGAAAUCUGAUUUAGGAAAUGAGAAAUGCCAUUUACAUUCGCUCGGAAAUCCUUCAAGUGUGCGAUUGGAAUUUCUGAUGAGCCGGCCUCACACUUUACCCCGAGCACUUUAUGUUAACGCUGCGGUGAGUGGGGUUAGUGGAGGAGGGAGGUGGUGAAGCAGGUGGAGGCUGCAGGAAGGAGACCCUGACCAAAAUGGAGGCUGGUGGACUUAUGUUUUAGAGACAUCACUGUACUCACACCAACCAUACGACAACUUUGAUUCUACAAAGCAACACAUAUUUUUAUAUUAUUAAAUUAGUUUGACUAAAAUAAAUGUAAACAUGUCAGUGAAUUAACAGGAAUUUUUCUUUAUAAGACCAACAAACCCAGACGAAGAGGCUGUGGAUCUUUUUUUCUCUUUUGGCCUAAACUGGUCCAAGAAUUCUGCACGUGUUCCACAGUUUGCAUGCUGGUAGUGUUGGGUGGUAUGAUGGUAUGGCGGUAUUGGCGUAGUUUGGAUGAGGAAGAAACAGCUCUACUGGUGGUGGUCAUGGCGGACGCAGAGGAGAUUGUUCAGAUUUAGAAAAUCCGACAACGAUCAAAAAACAAAACUAAUCAAAGAGUGUCGUGUGUCUGUCGUUGCUGGAGGAGGAAACACCAAAAACCUCCUCUACCACCUAAAGAUAAACAAGCUAAGAUCUAUUAUGAGAGUAAAAGAUGCGUGACGCCAGACUGUUUUCAUCAGGAGGAAUGUACCAAGUGCUAAUAGGGGUGUUUUCAGAGCACCUAUCUCAGAACACCCCCUUGUUUCCACCAUUUUGGAUUUGCCCAACCCACUGGAGACCGGGGGAGACAGGAAGAUUGAGGAGCGUCCACGUUUAUCAACGUCCAAUGGUUUGCUGAAUAUUAAUUUUUAUUUUGAGCGUUUCAACUUUCCCGUGAGUCCUCCUCUAACAUCCAUGUCAAAGACAUCGGCAGUGUGGCAGAAUUUUACUAAAAUAGAUGGCAGGGAAAAAAGUUGAAUGCAAAGGUUCAUUUUCCCUGAACUGUCUUUUGUGUUUAUUGCCUUCUUCUGCUGAUAUCAGGAUACCUUCACUCCGCCAAGCUGCAUCGUCCCCCGCCGUAGAAGGGUUUGCCGUCAGAGUCUGAAAAAUCCCUUCCUAAUUAGUCGUUAAAAAUUUCAGGGUUUUAGUCGACCAAAGAUUGACCUGAAGAUUGACUGAAGUCUCAACAAAACUGGUGCUCAAUACAGUUCAGUUCAAUUCAAAUUACUUAAGUUAUCCCUGAGGUGUGGUUCAGUUUUGCAGCUUACCUAGGUAACAACAUCAACAGCAACAUUCACACUAAAUCAAUUCUGAGACGGGUUAUCAAAUUCAGAGACUUCGAAACAGCCUUUCAGGCGAUGACUGUUAUCAGCGUUCAGCAGCCUGACCGGAGAAGGAACAAGAGAUUUGGUAAACGUCUCUGUUGGUGUUUCUCUGAGGGGUGAGGUUUCUCAGAGUCCUGAGGGUAGAGAAGUAGAAGGUCAAACAGGAGAUGGUCUGUUAUUGUGUGUGAACUCAUGUGCAGACGCUUCGGUCGGUUUCAGUCCAGUUGAGCGAAAAUUGAUCCCUAACUGAAUUAUCCAGGUUUGUUUGUCCAGCUGUGAGAAUUUCCUUGAAUGUGUUUUCAGUUUAAGUAACUAAAUAUUUUGUGUAUUUUUAGUCAUUAUUUCAUUACUGCAGUAAAAUAGAGGUUCAAUCUCAUGAAUCUCAUCUCAUAAACUCACAUUUUAUCAGUAACACUCAUUUAUUCCCUCAGUAAAUGUUUUCCAAACGAGCCUCAGUCUCUUUUUUAAGUCUUCGUCAGUCCUUCGUCAGUGCUUACCUGAGAUCGGUAUUUUACCAGCCAAUCAGAGUGAGGCGUGACAAAUCUCUGCAGCAGGGUCCACAUGUGGAGUGAAGACCAGAUCCAGAGAGGUGAACUCUGUUGGAGCUCCGUCCCACGGCGGUCAUACAGUCAUUAUGUUCAUGAAUUACAGUAAAAAGACUCGGUUAGACGGUUGGAAAUCAGACCGACCCCCCUGGUUGAACAUGCGGUGACUCACUCUGCGGAGUAACCGAGCGGAUAAUUACAGAGCUGUUUGUGUACAUGUGAUUACACCUCACAAUCGAUGGUCAUUGUGAACGGUCCGCGGUGUUGUGUGACCUGUUACCGUGGGCGACAGAUGGCUGAGAUGGUAAUUACUCAUAAAGUAAUAGAAGAGGAGGAGAGGGAAAGAGGAAGAGUGGGCGGAGGUGGUGGAAUAGAAGUAAAAAUAGAGAAAAAGCCGCAGAUGUUUAAUUAUGAUCUGCAGAGAAGGUCAGCUGUGCACAGAAGAACAAUUCCAAUCCACACGAUAGUCUUCAGCUCUUCAGAAAACACAAAUAAUUCGAUUAUUUCUCAUGGAGAAGAAGAAAAAAACAAACUCUGCACGUUUUAAGACAUUUGGUGAUAAGAAAUAAGAGAAGGGGAACCGUGACCUUCUUCUCUGAAGCAGGUCGUUUUGUUUCGACAGUGUGGAGGACGUGUGGUUAAACUUACAUGCUUGGAGAUAGUCUCCAUUGAGGCUGCAGAGCUUCUUCAUCCCCAUAAUAACUGUAAAUAUGAUCCAAGUAUAGAGCUAACAAUGCAGAAGUGCAAUGAGGAGCUAUAAUCUAGAGCUGAAUUCACACAUGCACUAUAAACACCAGUCUGCAUGGAUUUCAUACUCCUGCCUCUACCACAGCAAAUUAGGAAAGGCAACUUCAUAAAUCAACACAAUUAUCUGUCGUUUUAAUGUUUGCCGUGUUGUGUUUAGGUUGUUCUAUUUUCUACAUCGUAAAAUCGUGCUUUUAUUUUGAAGGAUGUGGUAUGUCUGGUAGAUUUUAGGAUAUGAAUCUGAAUAAAAUCAGUUCACAGAGCCGUGACAGGGUUUAAAUGUCACUGAGAAAGGCACGCACUCUAACACGGUUGUUUUGGUUCAUUAUUAAUGGUGAACGUCUGUUUUAAAAGUGCUGAGUCAUCUCUCAGUGGGCUGCUACAGCGAGUUUUCCUGCAGCUGCUGCAGCUUCUUUGUCUCUCCCAUCAGACCCACAGAGUCACGAUGAUCUUAUUUAUGGUUUGAUAUCAUUAUUGCAUGUUUUAAAAGUGACAGUUAUUGUAAACUCGGUCUGAAAUGUUUAUCAUUAAAAACUAAAACUUGGUCUCGUUGGUCAGCAGGACUGUUUUAGUGACACAGAGAACUUUCUGGGCUCCCUCGAGCUUUUUCUCUUUUUUUGUUCUUUACCCAGGAGACAGCAGCUUGUGUUCAAAACUGAAUAUUUAUAAGCUGUUUGUGCCCCCAAAACCGAAGUUUUGUAUAAAUUUAACCAAGUCGAUUAGUACUGAAGUGACAGCUGAGUAAAUCAGGGCAACAGUUUGCUUUCAGAUCCAUCAUGUCGAUAUUCUCAAACUUAUUUUGGCAGACACUAACAUGAAUUAAUCUAUAUGGAACCUUUUUUUAACAUUAAAUCUCCCCUGUGUUGGAUUUUGACUCUUAUUUGGACGGUAAAUUUGGUCAAACCGACACAUAAACACUUCAUAAUCACAGUUAUUUGGACGUUAACCUCCUGUCAGCCGUUGGUGCUAGCUCUGCUAGUGUUCGCCGCCCUCUAAAUCAAAAUAAAUAUCAUGUACGUGUCGUCUCUGCCCACGUUGAAUAAGCUGUGUUCAAUGUUGAUUGUUUCCUGAGUGUUUUCAUACCUUUAGAUGAGAAAAUCCAUUUAUGGUCGGGGAAAAUUAGUCACCUCAGGGCGUGUCGAUUGCGGUCUUUGACCUCACAUUGCUUUUCUGACCAAUCCGUGUCUCUUAAUGUGAUCCCAGCUGACUCCUCUCCCUGUGUGUGAAUGUGCAGACUUCCUUCAAGGCAAAUAAUAAUUAAAAAAGCAGCAGAAAUGUUCUUUUACAUGCACUAAAACUUUUUGUGUUGGGUGAUACGUGUUAAAGUAAAAACCCUGAGCUAGUCAUGGGAGUGACCUUUGUGCCCUUCAUCCAUGAAUGCAUCCAGUUUCACUUAAGAUUGACGCAAAAGCAGAAGCUGUCCUCACCCGAUCAGACUCUGCAGUUCAAAGAUACGUGAACCAGACAGCUGCAGAAAUAUGACCGUGCAAAACAGGACUCCUCUCCUCUUUAAACCUCUGCUCUUCUGAAUAAUGCACAUUUGUUUCCUUAGAUAUGUUUUGCAGUAAAUCCUUUUCCUCAUGAAUUAUUUCCCCCCUGCUUCUGUUGCUUUUUAAUGCCGUGAGUUUCCUGCACGGUCGUCUCAGAGAGGUGGUUGCAGCAGAUGGUGGAUGUUCAGAGCAUUAGAAUGGCACAGGAGACCGGAGUUGACAUUUUAAGUCCCACAUUUGUUCCCAGAAGUACCAAAACAGUUUGCUUAAUGUCAGAGGAAAGAAAACAGCUUUGGUUAAAUAUUGAAAAAGUAAACACCGCCUCUUUCGCGCUCUAGUUCUCUGCUGACCUUUUAAAUAUUGAACCGGGACGUCAACAUUACUGCACCUUAAAACAGAGAGAUAACAGUGUCUGGAGGUAAAGUCGAUUAUAAUUUAGGUGGGAUUUGAUUUGCUUCAGUGGAAAUCUGGGGACGGGUUAUUUCUGCUCCGAGGUGUUCAGAGAGAUUACUGAGAGAGUCGUUGGAAAUACUCGGGCCCAGAAUUUAGACCUAAAGUAUCAGGAUUUCUUGUCAUCCAGGGUAAAACAGACCUGAACACAUGUCCAGUCUAUCUGAAAGGGACUGCAGGUAUCUACUUUGGCCACAGGUGGCGCCAAAAUUCAUACACACUGGAAGACCCUCACUGUUGAUUUUAAUUAAAGGACAGGGACCCCACAUCUCCAAGGGCCUGUGUCCAUUAAAAACGCUUUUUUGGAGGAUGUUGGCAGUCCCCAAGACCUCCAUGUCGGCGCGCUUCUCACUUCUUUUAAAGCACUUCCUGUUGGAUACAGAAACCGUCCAGAACCACAUCUUUUGUAGUGAACAUUCAAAGAGUUCAGUUUACGAGAGCUUUCAGUGUUACUCUUUACUCUUGAUGCACUGCGCUGCCAUCUUGGAUUAUGACGUUGUCGUCAAGUCGGGGUUGGUGAGGAUCGUCUGACUUCAGGGGGGCGUUCAAGAGGAAUUUAUGAUUGGGAACUCGGAAAAUCAACUUCCAAGCACAAAUGAAUGAAGCAUAACAGCAGCUCUAGACCUGGAAGUAGCACCUUGAAAAAAAGAGUUAAAUCAGUGUUAUGGUUGAUUUCAGAAGCCUCGUCUCUUCUUGAAUUUGAUUGGUCGGUAAUAGAGGGGCGACAUUUUGUAAAGCAGUGUUUUAGUAUUUGGAUGUAUUUUUUUUUUGAGUUAGCAGAGUCAAAAAGCAGCUGAUCUGAGGGAGUCAAACCCUGAACUUCACUGGAUUUGUAUUGAAAUAAUACUUUGGAGAUUCAUGCUCACCUGACUUUUCCAGGUGUUUCUUGUUCAGCCUAGUGAGGUGCGUUUUUCUGCAGGGGCUAACGUUUAGAAAUUUGUGGGUGGGGCUAUUGCAUCAUUUAGGCCACACCCGUCACCUGCACUUCUAUCAAAUGUGCCACUGAGGCACCAGGCUCCUGUGUACCAAAUCUGGUCUCUAUACAAAUGUUACAAGGCCUUCAAAAUACUACUUCCUGUUUGAUGGUGACUAUGUCGUGAUAAGACUUAUAGCUCUUUGGGGUGGUCUGGGGAAGGUCCGAACCAAACCUUCACCUGGUUCUGUGGAGGAAGUAACUUCCUGUUGCCCGGAGGUGGCGCUGUGAUUAUUUCAUCAUUUCCAAAGAUGGAGGAACGAGCUCAGCCAGAGCAGUUUGAAGUUUGAUGACAUCUGUAGUUUGUAUUUGUAUUUAAAACAAAAGGUACAUGAAUCAAAUCAAUAAUAAAUAUUGAUGAAUCAGAUACUGAUCAGGCUCGUCUCUCCUUCCUCCUCUUUGUACUCUGUGUACUCAAAGGCUGUAAUGAUCUGAGAGGAGGAACCCGCUGUUUGCUCUCUGAGAACACAUUAUAAAACUUCCAUUUGGCUUCCAGAUGAUUGUAGCGUUAGCUCGAUAGUUUAUUGAUUUUCUUAAAGGAGGUAAAUAGAUCUGACCAAGUUUACAGUCCGAAGCUUUCAAGCCUUUCAGAGGUCUGAACCUUUGAAGAUCUACUUACCGUUUGACUGGAUCGACUUUGAAAAGAAAACUCGGAGUAAAAGUUUCUCCGACUCUGAUUCACUCCUAAAUUACGUCAAACUGACCUUCGUCUUCUCCUUGUUUACAGAUUUUAUUUGAAGGAUUUGUGCUGAGUGUUUUCCAAAAUGUGAAGCUGAUGACAUUUGCUUACUCAUGGUGCUUUUUCCCUGAAGGGUUAGUUUGGUCCAUUAAACCCUAAUCCUGCUUGUUUUUCCACAGCAGACUGUAACCCUGGCAUUUCAUAGAUCUGGGAAAGGCUGCGUUUAUGGCGUGCAUGUUAACAAAUUAGACGGGUUUGACCUCUGGCUUGGGCAGCGGUUUAUUUAUCUCAGUGGAAGCUCUAAAUCUGCAAUGUUUCUGUCACAAUCAUGGAGAAUAUGUUAUGAAUUGUCUGUUUUCACACGAUGCCGGGUCAAGAAAGCCAAAGAUACUCGGACACGUUUUGCAUUUAAACAAAAUACAUCAGAUUCGUGUCGACCUAACCUCACAGUAAAGUUUAUAAAUGCACUUUCCAACUCUUCACAGAAGUUCAUGGAAGUUUUAUUGUUAGGUUGUAUCCGUCCGGCUCUGGGAUGAUAAAGAAUAAUGAGCCGUCCCUCUUUCGACCUACAGCCGUGUUUUAUCUCCUCUCUGGUUUUUAAUGGGCUCGGCUCUGCUGUCUGCAGAACAGAAAAGUGCUUCUUACCAUUAAAAAGUGGCUGAUCAAUAUUUCAAAGGUAUAUGCUUUAUAAUAUUAAUGUUACAAGCGCUGCUGAGUGAGCCCUAAUGUUCUCUGCAGCUCAUGUUGCUGAUAGUGUAAUAUUACAUUUUAUUCGUCGCUCUUCCUCCUCGUCUGAUGAUCAACAUUAAACUUCUGACUGUCUGCAAAAGUAUAAAAAUCCACUUUACUUUUCUGCUCUUCAGAGUUAUGUGGUGAUAUUUUUUUAUUUCCAAGUCAAAAACCACCCCUGAGUGUUUCUGUUCAUAGAUGUUUGUGCGUGAAGUGUGGCAGUGGUUAGUUUGCAGUCCUGCAGCUCUUACAUGAGCAUCUAUCCCCCCCUGAUGUUUACAACAUACUGUAUCUAAGUUGAAACACCAAGGCAGACAGUGCUGUGAGUAAAUGGAUGGAUUAUUAGUUUCAAAUAAACAAACAGUUAUAGUGACAACUGUUAAUGUGCAACCGUGUAGCUCCCUGUGAGACCAUAUGUAAUCUUUGAGCGUGUAGUCCUGCGAGCUUCCAGUAGGACAGUUGGACCAGCAUUUACGUUAAAGGUGGGGUAGGUAGGAAUCCGUUAAAGAAGCAUCUGUUUUUGUGGUGUAUAAACAAAAAAGCUUUUAAUAUCAGUCCAUAGUAAUUAGUUAUUGAUGACAAUUGGUAAUAUAACGAUAUCUCUGUGUUUUGUUAUGUCUGUAAACAUUCGAACAUUUCAUUCUGACUGUAAUCAAAGCCAUUCCCAGUGUCCCCCAUCCUGAUUGGUUGUGAGGCAGACGCUGCUUCCCCCUGUCGUUCAGGAGCCCAAACAAAGUUAGCGUGCUACAAUAUUGGACAGUAGAAACCAACCAGAAAGUUCGGAAAAUUGUCUGAAUCCUCCUUUAUCCACGACUGCCGACACAAGCAAGAAAACAAAGUAAAUACCGGAGACUCUGGAGGAAUAACGGGCGCUUAAAACGGAGGUAGACCGGACAAGAGCUAAAAAGCCGGGUCAACAUAAACGAUGGGGGACGCUUGGGGAUCUUGGUGACCCUGUAACCUUUCUGCUGGACAGGUAAACCUCUUUAACAAAGUAAGACAAGUGUCUGUAACAGAAGUGUUUCUUGUCAAACGGACCUGCUGUAGCGUGUUGUAGCGCCAUCGCUAAACUGUCCUCCCUCGGGUCCUGGACUAUGUCACUUUAUCCUCGUUAUAGAAGUCCUGCAAACAUUGUGUUUGCUGGUAGUCUGUUGGCAUCUACAGUAGCACCAAUGCUUUUGACUUUCACCUUGACUGGGCCCCAUUUGUAAUGAUCUGAAGUAUUUAUCUGCAUUAUAUCUGAAUUUAAUUGGAACGAUACGAGCAAGCAGGAGCGUCUGUUUGUGGGCGGGGCUUGAAGGGAGAGGAGGAGCUGAGGGGAAAACUGGUUGGGAGGAGUAGAGUUUACAUUCAAGAUUUCACCUUUAACCUCAGGUCCACUGUUACCCUCCUACAUCUGCUGGUUACCUGUCCUGUUACCUGUUCAACAAUGUGCAGUUUACUCAUCAACGCACCAGAGUUUGCACCAUGAUGGUGCAUAUACGUGAUGAAGCUUUAGCAGGUAGGGCGCCAUCUUCGGGGUAAAACACCAAAAUGCAAGAGGUAAUAAAAUCAUAAAAAAAUCAUCAUAUCGUAUCGUAAAAUUCAAAGUACUGCCCCGUGUUAUUCCAUCCUGCAGCCGCUAACUCUCACAUGAACACCAUAUACGGAUUAAUCCGCCGCUGAAAAUAGUACCUGGCACACACACUCUUCCUUUAUCCCUAAUUGUAUUUCUGAGGCAUCAUCAGAGAGCAGUGUGCUGUUUUUCUCUCUUUUAAUUGAAUUUGUUGACAAAAGGAAACAUAAAAAGCAUCAACCCCUCUCUCUUUUGUGAAUAUUAAUACCCUCCUUCAUCUCGUAUGAUCCUGUUUUAAUUGCUGACCUAUCUCUGAGCAGCGGGGGGCCAGACUCUUUCAUAACGAGCUAAAUUAACGACUAUUAUCUCCUGAUUAUGCCCAUGGCUGGAUUCUCCGCCUCUUCCUCUUUCUUCUUCUUCUUCCACCUCCACUCUUUCCGCUCUUUCCCCUUCCCCCUCCAUCCAUCCACCCAUCCAUCCGUCCUCCCCCUCCUUGCUCCUCCUGCUAAUGGUUUCUCCAUUAACCCCACCUGACGGCUGUGUGGGUAAUUACAGAUUUAUUUACAGCCUGUGGCCACACACAAUGAGAAAUAAAUAAUGUGUUUGACCAAGCAGAAAGAGACAUUAGCCAGCCGUGCUUUUCUCAGAUUUAACCACAUAGAAACACACUGUUACACACACUCACACACACACAGAGUGACUUUUAUUUUUAAUGGAAACUGUAGCUAGAAGGAUCGCCUGUACUUUACUAUCUCUACAUGUUCUUGUUUUUGCAGUUUACCUCCAGCCUGAUGUGUUUUUUCCUCACUGCGACUGUUUUUAAAACCCGUAAAAAUGAGAUAAAAUCAGAUUCGGGUGGAAAGUGUUGGUUUUCAUUCCCUGUCUUUGUUUUGUUUCUAAUUUAAUUGGAGUUUCUGUAGUCCAAGAUAAUGUUAUUCUACUCUUAUAAUUAUUUUGAGCACUAACUAUUUUUAUUUCGGGGCCUGUAUUUUAGAGAGGACAGUAUUAGACUUCAGUUUCCAUGACUCAUAUUUGCACCAGCAGCAACAUUCAUCUAAACGGACUGUGUUUACUUUCUCUCGCUAUCUGACCAUGACACGCCACAUUCACUCAUUCACGCCACAUUCAUGUACCGGUGGGGGGGCUGUUAUGUAAAGUGAUAAUUCCACUCAGACACUGCUGGGCGAGUGGGCAGGCUGGGGUUUUGCCCAAGGACACCUCAGCAUGUGGAUAACAGGACCCGAGACCUUUAGUUUGAGAGACAGAAGACUUUACCUGGACCGCUAUUGGACAACAAUGAAUCAGAGUGAAACUAAGAAAGAAAAUACGAACAAACCGCUAAUACGACAAAGAUUAACUCAAAUAAACAAAAAUCAUCACAUGUCUCAAGAGUAAGAAAAAUAGUUGUGAAGUCAUCAAAUAUGAACAUCAUAACUUAGGCAAGUAUUAGCUUUAAAGCGCAAACGUACUUAUCUAUCAAACUUUCAAACUUUAAAUCUGGGCUUUUAUUUUGAAGGGUAUUGUUAAAUUAGGUGGCGAUGAUGCCUAGUAAUGUUGAUUCACACUCGUCAUUUCGCAGCAUAGAAGAAGACCGGAAAGUUUGUUUUGAUAUGAUAGCGAAACGCAAAUAUGACGCCGACUACAUGAGAUUUGACGGGAUCGUUUUAAAGGUAAAGUGUUUGUAAAAUUAUUCAUCUCAAUAGUUAAAUUUUUUUUUAAAUUUAAUUUUAUUUCAAAUACAGCUGAUGGAGUGUAAACUAAAAUAUUCCCCUCUUUAUUAUCGCCCCCUGCUGGUCAUUUUGGUUUAUGAUUAAACUUGUUUUUUUGUGUGUGUUAGUACGUUGCGAUAUUUAUUUUUUAUCGGGCAAAAAUGAUGUUGGUUAUUGUAAAUUUCAGUAUUGAUAAAUUUUCGGUUUAUCGCCCAGCCCUAGGUGAUUGUGGGUCCAAAGGCCAGUGGACCAGUUUAGAACCAGUGGUCUAUAAAACUCUUCAAUAUAAACCAGUAAGUGUGUGAACAGCUCUGAGGAGUGACCAGGAGAAACUGUCUAAAUGCACUUCUGUUUACUACUUCCUGUUUAUGACAGACUUCAAAAUAAAAGCACAGGAAUCCUCCUUCACAAUAAAAGCAACAAGUCACGUGUUUUUAACACAUAACUUAAACCUGAACACUUCGGGGAAGAACACUUCCACUGAACAUUUACGUUAUAAUAGAGGUUAUAUCCAACACUAUCUGCUGUAAUCCAGGAUGGAGAGUGGAGUUAUCGUUUUGGGACAUAAACAAAUGUUUGAUUUCCGGAUUAUUCAGUGACUGAGUCGGACCAAAGCCUAAAGACUGACACUGAACCAGAUACCCUAAAUGUGCUCUCAAAGAAGCCUUUUUACUCGUGUCCCAGAUCUCUUCCUCUGACGCUGUGGUCGACAGAUUGUACUUUCCUCUCUUUUAUUCUCAGUUUCUGUAGAAGGUAAACUGAGACGACCUCUUCUGUCUCUUCCCAUCAGUCUGACUCCACUCUCGGCUCAUCCUCUCGCUGUGACGGAGCAGUUUUCUGAGUUUGCGUGCUCGUCUAGCUCGUCUUUUCUGAACAAUCUCCUCUUUCUCCGCGUCUCCUGAUCCCGAUCCAGAUGACACAGAUGAGCGCAGACUUGUGUGGUCUGCAGGGCUGCAUGCUAAUCAUCCCUCUGAAGCUCUGAUUGAUCUCGGGUCAUUAUCUGUCUGCUGUGUUUGGGUUUUGGCUCCUCUGCAGCUGAGAGCCGCCUGAUACUGAAGAUCAAGUGUUAAUAAGUGAGAGUCCGAUUCAGCUGUUUGGAGGCGGCUUCAAAUCAUAAUAAGUGUCACGUUUUGUGGAUUUAAUGACCUGAAAAUGUCAGCCGAGGGAGGGCAGGCUCGUUUAUUCAAUAGUGAGCAAAACCCCAGAGAGCUGCGGCCCCCCGCUGAAGUAAUAAACCAGUCCAAGGCCCACACGAUUGCAGGGAUUUUCACUGGUGCAGGUGAGCUGGGUGCAUUUAAGGUUAACAGUUAUGUAUGAUAUAUAAGAGAGUGUUUAUUAAACCUAAAGGACACUUCAAUCACAGCGUUUACAGGAUGAGUAUUUCCUUAAGAAGCAUGAAAAAGGUUUGAACUGAAAAGUAAAAAGUCACUGGAGUUUCUUGGAUGAUUGUUCUCUCUCUGCAUGAUAUGGUUGAAGCCUGAUUUUGUGGAUGUGUUCACAGACAGAGGUUUGAAGACGUGAGUUUGAAUCAAUGAGGAGAGUCCCACUUUAAAGCCAUGCUUCUUUUUAACAGAGCUCUGCCUGAGGGAUCAAACCAUCACAGUCAAACCGGGACUGGUUUUGCUCGUGUGGUUUCUCAAGCUGUAGAGUUGACAUGAUUUGCAAACUUUUAAAAUCAAAAUGUCAACAUUUUUAACGCUCCAUCCGGACUUUUUCAUUCAGGUCUGUCUUGGCUGUUUGUAAAUGUCCCUGAGAGGUCAGACUGAGUUUAGUAUCUGUGGGAUGAAAUGAUAUGGACAGCAUUAAAGCUGGUAAACAGUGAUGAGUUUGGUAUGAAGAGAGACCCUGUGAACCUCUCUGAUUUUCAUUAAAAACAAAAACCAGUCCAUCCAAGUCCUGGACAUUUUAAUGCUGUUACUGAAUUCAGUGUUUACAGCUGUGAUUCCUCUGCUGCUGAAAUAUGCAUUCAUGUUUUUGAUGAUGUCCACCGUCAAAGUCUGUCAAAAUAAUCUUUAUAAAUGCAGCUAAAUAAAUCAAUCUUUGAGUCAGGUAUUAUGUCUCGUCUCUUUGCUUCUCUGCAGUCAUAUUUUAAUAGUGGAUUUAUUUUUAUUGCAGUAUGUUUUGGUCAGAAUUCCCAGAUAGGGCUGCAUGAUUAAUCGAUUUUAAAUCAUAAUCAGAUUGUUUAAUUAUUACGAUAUUAAAUUCAUCAAAUCGAUUUUCCUCUCUAUUAUGUCUCACGCCUUCAGGCCACCGUAGACUCCCCAGUUCCCACACACUAGUGUAAACAAACAUGGCGUUUGCAAAAGAAGGCGAUAAUUUCGUGGUUAAAUAGGACAAGAGUGAGUCAGUCAUGUUGAAUUGGUACGACUCCACAGUUUCACAGUUUAUAUUCCUUAUUCCUCAGUACUCAUUUAUCUGUCAUUUUUGGUAGGCCUUUCUAAGUAACAUUGAAACUUGUUUCUUCUCUGCAACUAGGGUUGUGCAUUAUCUGUGGUCUGGCUCUGAAAAUGUACAAAUGAGAAGAUGAUGUAUAUGUCUGUCAAUGCAGAACUGUCGACUGUCUGUAUGUCUGUCUGUGUUUCUGGUUUGUGCAUUAUGUAAUGCAGUUGUUUUUUUAGCAGUACUGACUGUCCAUGACAAAUUUCCCUGCGGGGACAAUAAAGUUAUAUUGAAUUGAAUUCAGAUGAAGAGUAAACCACUCCCCGCUGUAAAGUCUGUCUGAAGGCGGUAUCAACCCGUCACCGUGGAAACGAAUUCAGGAGGAAACGCAAAAGUUUUUGUCGUAUCGUAGUUUCAUCCACACGGAAACAGCGUUUUAUCAUGACUUACAAGGUCAGGUAUUAUAAUGUGUUAUAACUGUUAACAACUCACUGAAAAUGACUAUAUGGAUAAUGCAUUAUAUAUAUAUAUAUAUAUAUAUGUAUAUGUAUAUGUGUAUGUAUAUAUAUAUAUAUAUAUAUAUAUAUAUAUAUAUAUUUAUAAUGUGUUUUAAUUAGCUUAUAAAGUUGUAUAACUAUCAUUAUAAACACUCAUUUAUUAUCAUGUCUUUAUAAUAAGCAUAAGAUAUUAUAAUACCUGACCUCCUAAGUCAUGAUAAAAUGUUUAUAAUGUGUUUUGAUUAUUGCUAUAAAGCAUUAUGAUCAUUUAUGAGUGUUUAUAGCUAUAGUUAUACAGUUCUAUAACGCGAUUAUAUCGUAUUAUACAUAUAUUUAAAAUGCGUUACAGAGAUAGUGUCUCCAAACUUUUUAUUAAAGUGAAGUUUGUUGAAGUCGUCACUCAUUAAAAAUGAAAAUUAAAUUUUUAGAGAAAAAAAUCUUAUUUUAUUUUUUAGUUAAAUCGUGAACCCUUAGUGCUCAUGUUUGGUUGAACCUCAUCUCCGUUCACUCGCUGGUCUCUCUGUUCUUGUUUUCAGCUUGAUUUCGUUAGACGUUCAUGAAGUUGUGUGAUUGCACUGAGAAGACAAAUCGAUAACUUAGAUUAAAUUUUGGGCCAUUUUGCUUUUUACUUGACAGCUGGAGAGAAACUGAACAGAAACCUUCAGCUGCCUCUGAGCCAAAGCAGCGCCUGACAGCUGACGUUAUCAACUGAACCGUAUGAUUCAUCCCCUGGAGACCUAGAAUAUCAGCAGAUUUGAUUAAAAUGUUCUUUAAAAGUGUUCAAAUAAACCACUCUGGAUGUAGAGAUACACUCAGAACCACAGACUGAAGUGUAAAAGUCCAAAAGUCGACUUUUCAUUAAGAACAACACCCUCCCUCAGAUCCUGCGUUUCAUAUCUUUCAUAAAACCCGUUUUCGAGUGUUGACGGUGUUUUGCUGUUUGGUCACAUGUCCUUCAGCGUCUGAUUAAAAAAAAAAAACCUGCCCUGUGUCCUUCUCUCCUUCAGUUUUCUCUCUUUUGUGAAGCUUCGCUCGCCUUCAGCUCCGAGCUGCUCGUGGGAGUCCAGCUCUGAUUUGAUGCCUUUUAUAGAAGACCUGCUGCUUUCUCUCUGCGCCCUUAUUUCACAGAAGGAUCCUGUGUGAAGAAAAAAAAUAUAGCAGCUGCGUGAUCCUCAAACUUUCAGUCUGAGGUUUAAUGAAGAACAACCAGACUUCAAAGGUGGUGUAGUCAGGAUCUGAGGAAGUUCCAGUUUUUAGGAGAAAUCUUGAAUGUAAACUCUACCCCUCCCAACCAGUUUUCCCCUCAGCUCCUCCUCUCCCCUCAAGCCCCGCCCACAAACAGACGCUCCUGCUCGCUCGUAUCGUUCCAAUUAAAUUCAGAUAUAAUGCAGAUAAAUACUUCAGAUCAUUACAAAUGGGGCCCAGUCAAGGUGAAAGUCAAAAGCAUUGGUGCUACUGUAGAUGCCAACAGACUACCAGCAAACACAAUGUUUGCAGGACUUCUACAACGAGGAUAAAGUGACAUAGUCCAGGACCCGAGGGAGGACAGAAAGGUUAUAGGGUCCAGAAGAUCCUGAAGCAUCCCUUAUCAUUGUUGACCCGGCUUUUUAGCUCUUGUCCGGUCUACCUCCGUUUUAAGCGCCCGUUAUUCCUCCAGAGUCUCCGGUAUUUACUUUGUUUUCUCGCUUGUGUCGGCAGUCGUGGCCAAAGGAGGAUUCAGACAAUUUUCCGAACUUUCUGGUUGGUUUCUACUGUCCGAUAUUGUAGCAUGCUAACUUUGUUUGGGCUCCUGAACGACACGGGGGAGCAGCGUCUGCCUCACAACCAAUCAGGUUAGAGGAGGUGGAGAAUAAGGCUGCACAAUAUUGGAAAAAACUAACAUUGCAAUUUUUUUCAACCCUGCGAUAUAAAUUGCGAUAUUAAGAAAUACAUGAAUUUUCAGCAGAUAACCUAAAUCUGACUUUCUGCUGAAAUCUUGAGGACAGUUAACCUGCUCUGAUCUUCCCUCUUUUAGUGAAUGUUAGUAGAAUGACUUCUCUCUGUCUCAGAGAUAUUUUUAGCUUUUAUUGUUCUGGGACGUUAUUGUAGAAACAGAUGAACACAGAACACGUGUUUUGGUCGACGUCAUCCUUCUUGUAACCGAAAUAAUUCCAGAUAACUGACGUUGCUUUUCUUUUUGGCAACAAGUCUUCAUUUAUGGUGGUUUUCUCGGACAGGCGUUUCUCGGCACGACAUCGACAGCUACAGUGACUCACUCCACGUGCAGGGGCGUGGUUUCCUUCUCUCUGAUCUUGAUUGACAGCUGGCAGGGUAGUCUGAUUGGCAACUGAGUAAAGAACGAAUGUGAUUGGUGGAUCGCUGCACAGCACAUGCAGAGUCACAUGGGGUGUUUCUCAGUCAGCUACCCUUGAAAUUAGACGAGUUCAUUCGCCUCUGACAUCGCAGACGUGACUAUGGCGCACACGUACAUCGAGAUGACGAUGCUCAAACGAUAUAUCGUGCAGCUCUAGUUGGAGAAUGACUUUGUUUACAGUCAGAAAGAGUGGGCCACUCAAAAAUGUUAAAAUGUUGACGACACAGACAUGAGAGAACACAGCGAUAUCGUGACAUUCCCAAAUGACGUCAAUAACUAAUCGCUUUGGACCGAUAUGAGAAGAUUUUCUGUAUAAACACCAUAAAAAAAGAUGCUUCUUUAACGGUUUCAUGCCGACCCCAGAGUUAGAUUUUCCCCUUUUUCCUGUUGGGUCUAAACUUUGUGCUGCUGCUGAACGGCUGAAAUGACUCGGGGCGGUUUGAAAGAGACAAAGAGAGAAAGUUAGAGUCUGGCUUUAGCUGACACUCUGUGAUCGACGACAUGGAGCUGCAGACGUCCGGGUGAGUCAGGGGAUUGAAGAUGCUGAACUGGAAUAACCUCCGAGUCUGCAGUGAACUUUACAACAACACACACACACACACACACACACACACACACACACACACACACACACACACACACACACACACACACACACACACACGAGCAGAGCGAUCAGAGGUGGACUUCUUCUUCAGUCAUUCAGAUGGUAAUGCCGGGUGUCCAUCAUCAUGAGGGAGUCCUGAGUGGGGGGCUGCUAACUAACCCUGUAGGGAGGGUGGGGUUUGGGUGGAGGGGACUCCUGCAGAGGACUGUGAAAGGAGGAUCAGGGAGGAUCAGGGAGGAUCAGGGAGGGGAGGUGUUGGGGGUCGGGGGUGAGGUGUUUGAGCGUCAGGAGGUGUCGCCUGUCUUUUGUCCUCGCCCUCGUCCUCUUGGUAUUCAGAUGAGAGACGCCGCUCUGCUCUCUCAGUCCUGAGGAUUACGUUUCUUCUUCUUCUUCUUCUUCUUCUUAAUUCACGCUCCUAAAGGUAAGACGUUUACUCUGAAAUCAGAUCAUUUAAAGCUGUUUUCAUGGAGAAGAUCUUGGAGGUAACUUUGGUCUCUGGUCUGGACUCUUCAGGUUUCUCCUCUUCUGCUCCAAACUGUCUGAAUAAUCCAAACUCCUGACCUGACUGUAGAAACAGAGCCCUGUGAACGUGUUAAUGGCGUCUGUAAUGAGCUGUGUAUCAUUCUGUUAGGCUCCAUCAUUUACUCUAAUCACUCUCCGUCCAUCGGGGACGGCUUUCAUCGGGCUCUGACGGCGUCUUCCUGUUUGCUGUAAAGGAUGCACAUUAAAAGUGUCACUCUGAUGGAUCGGGUGGAAAGCGUAGCGUUAAGUUCUGGAGUUUAAUCGGAGAAAAAGAACAGCCAGAUGUUUGGUAAUGAAGCCAUUUGCUGGAGCAUGAACAGCGUGUUGUUUAGUUCUCUCUGCAGAUAAAUGAUUUCACUGAGUCAAUCUGGACUCCCACCGACGCUAAUGAGUCAAAUUAUUCCUGUUUAUGCCGCAGACAGAGUGAAUCAUGUUUCUUUAGAUUUGGGCUGUUUUUUCACUGAAUUUUGAGUCUAAGUGACGGAAAGCUUCAUCAUUUUUAAUUACUCCAAAACUUUAUCAGCUAGAAGAAAGUUUGAACAUUUCUUUUGUUAAAGCAAACUGUGAACAAGGACGUCAGGAAAUCUGAGAAUUAGAGAUACACUCAAAAACAUAUUAUUGAAAGAGGUAAUUAACUAUACAGUUAAAUGAGGAGAUAAGAUGUUUAAGAUAAUUUACAGCAGCGUAUUACAGACAUAAAAAGAGAAAUUAAACGAUAAAAAAAACGUAGAGUUAAGUAAAGAAAAAAGAAAAAGAUGAUAUGAGUCAUAUAAGGAGGAUAGAGACUGAGACGUUUGACCCUGAAGGUCCAGUUUGUUUGGGUGGUGUGAGUAGAAGAGGUGGACCUCUGCAUGGUUUGGUUUCAGGGUGAAGAACCGCCUUUAUUAGCCUCACAUGGACGGAGGUGUGUAGAGAAAACAGUUGGACCCGUGUGCAGUCAGGCUGUAAAGAUGUAAAAAGGUGACUCCUGUACUAGCAGACAAAGAGGGGAACGAACUCUUGCAUGAGUGGAUCAGUGUGCAGAGAUGGAUGAUCAGGAUUUCAGGUGUUUUCACACCUGAAAGUCCAAACCUUGGUCUGAACCGAGGUCCGUGUUUUUGUUUCAUUUGGUUCAGUCUGUUUCAGUUUCACACUUUCAUUAUUACAAACAGACUAACAGACUUUCCAUGAUGAACCAACAUGAUAUCAUCAUAAACUACGUGCUUCAGUGUCUCUAUACUUUACAUUGAUUGGUCAUUAGUCCGGUGGGCGUCUGACGUCAACACGUUAAAAGCGCGGAUCUUGAACGGUGUAAACAUUGUCAUUCCCACUAUCAUACUAUUUUUGAUUUUCUACUUCCAACAGUGACGACUUGAAGAGCUGAACAUGAGGCUGGUCUGAGGAAGUCUCAUGAAUUUGAUCAUUAGAUGAAAACUUCAUCGACAUUGACAGGAAAAGAAAAGAAAGUUUUCAAUCCUGUGAGUCAUUGUAACACCGACUCAAGAGAGAGGAAAGUGUGUGUCCUAAAACUCUUGAGAAGAUAAUCUGUCAAUAUUGAAAUAUAACUUUAUCUUCAAUAUUAUAAAAUCUCCCAUUAUUGGAAAAUCUCCAUUCAACAUAAUAACAGACACUUCUACUCCUCGUGUCAUUUCCUGUCUUUGGUACGAAGGUCCGAACUUAAAACUAAACUAAACUAAAACUAACCAAACUAAAAAUAACGGUUUCACACUGGGCAUAAACCAGACUGUGGUUCAGUUUGGUCUGGACCAAGACCACCUUCUUUGGUCGGAUCAAGGUCUGGCUGUUUGGUCCAGACCAAGGUCCUGGGGAGGUUUCACACCUAUCAUUUUGGUUUGGACUAAAGAAAGAAAAGUCCAAAAGUCCGGACCAGACAAUGUAGGUGUGAAAGUCUCCUGUAAGCGGAGGGAAAAUGCAAACUCACAUGACAUGAUAAUGCAGCCGGGGAUUGAUUUGUUCUGUGCAUGCCCAAGUGUUCGCACACUCCGGACUCUUAGCCGGUGGUUUGAUGCGUUGCUAGGAAACCAGGUAAUAACUAGAACCUCGACAGGUGACAAGGGGCGUUCCCAACAAACUGUGACAUCCUGUUAGCCUCUUCCUCUACGUUGAAAAGGAGAUUCGCCACCUAUCAUAGCAGAGGCCGACAUCCUUCUGUCAAUCAUUCGAUUCACUCAGUGCAUGUAAUCUCAGACAGGGACAGUAGUCCAGUUAAAGUAGUCCUAUCUGAACCUGCUGAGACUUCUUCAGCUCUUCAAACCGGGUCUGCAGCGGCCCGUUUAGCUCUUUGUUAAACUUUUUUGCAUGUCUCCAUCAUUUGUACCAAACUUCUGCCAAAGUUCAAAAAUCCUCCGACCGGCUCUGAAGAAACUUUCCUGCUGAUGUCGGGAAAGUGGACCUGAGUCAGUCUGUGGGGUUUGAGCUCCGACUGUAACUGUGGAAAAACACAGAUCUGCUUCAAAGCUGCUUUAAGUCCGGGCUCCAGACCCGGGGGAGGACUUGUCAUCCUCCCCCGUACAUGUCCAUCCUGUCUCUGCUUGUCAAUCCUGCAGGAGCUGAACUCUGCUCCAGCUCUCUUUAAUGUCUGUCUGAGUGACAGCUCGGUCCUGACCGGGCCUCCGGAGUGACAGCUGAUGAUGGAUCAGCUGCAGACCGGCGUGUUGGUGUGAGACGAGGCAGCGGCGCCUGUUAGCUUUGUGGGAGGUUUUGCUGAUGUGUUUGCCUGUUUAUGUCAGCGGAGUUUGGCGAGCGUUAUCAAUCAAACGCUUCUGGAUUUCAUAACAGAGACUCAGCAGACAGCGUGUUUUAUAACGCUGACAUGAUCUUAACGUCAAUGUGACUGUCUUUGAGGCACGACGAUGAACUAACAGAGUUUGGCUGUUUUAAAGGAGAUCCAAACACUGAACAACAUUACAACAAUUACAGGAUCACACACACCCUCAGAAUCUCUCACCAGAACCAAAACCUCAAUUAUUGAAGAAGGAGUGAGGUGCAGAAGAGCAAAUGCUCAAAACAGGAGCAGUUAGUCUCUUAAAUGAUGGUGUGUCCUCACCAAGAGGUCCAGUCUGGAUCUGAAUGAAAAGCAGGAUCCAGGUUCGGCUAAAAGAAAGAAACAGUUUUAUUCUGUAUCCUGCAGAAAUCACUGCAUGGGUUUAAAAACACUUUCAAAGUGAGCACAGCUAAAACUGAAGCGUGCAAAGAGGAAACAGGAUAGAAACCUGAUCUAGAAACGCCAGAGUCCAUUUCAGAUGGACUGAAGACUGUCCUGAACCAAAAUAUGACCUUCUUUUUGGAAAUCAUGGACACCACAUCUUUACAUCUAGAGCAGGGGUGGGAGAUUAAUUUUUAUCUGGGGCCACAUGAGAAACCUGAACUGUGUUGGAGGGGCGAACCAACAAUAACUUCAACUUCAAAUUAGGGGGUGGGGGGUGUCACACAUAGCCCAAAAAAGCGCACCCUGGACUCAUGAGUUUUACAAGCGACUUCUGAUAGAAACAAGCCUAAAGUCGUUUAUAAUAAGUGCACUUGGCAUCUAUGAGGUAGCAGAUCUAGGAUGUACGCAUGUGUGUCCAAACAGAUUAAAACAACAGCUAGGUUUUCAAAAUAAGAGCAACACACUUGUAUAACAUGUUGAUGAUUUGAUUGACGGACCUCACAAAGGGCUGGCAGGGACAUCCGAAGGUCCGGAUGGGUCAGGGGUCAUCAGAGUUCAUGUCAUGUGAAGACUCUUUAAAUAAUGAACAAGAAAACUUUCUGAUUAUUUUUGUUCUUCUUUAACAUCUACCCGUCGUUACAGUUAUUUUUCUCAUUUUACUUUAUUUCUUCCCCUCAUUUUUUUCUCCUCUCCUUAUCUCCCCUCUGUUGUCCUCUCCUGUUAGCUCCUCCUUUUUAACUACUUUUUCCCCUUCUUUAUUCUCCUCCUCUUUACACUGUUUUUGUCUCCUCCUUUUUUCUUCUCCUUUUUUCCCUCCUUAUUUUCUCCUUCUUCCCCCCCCUUCUCUUUCCUCCUCCUCCUGUUAUCGGACAGGACGUCGCCCUGAGGCGGCUGUAGGCUCCUUUCCUCGCUCACCGCCUCAAACUUUGAAGAUUGCUCCAAAAAUCCUCUCCGCUGUCUCUCUGAUUCCUCUGAAAACCUCGUCAGAGUCGUUUCUUUUCUGUGGUUUCUGCUCACAUGACUUCAGGUCACGCACAGAGAAGAAGCUGCUGUCCCAUCGAUGUAAAAUCAAGAUCCUCUCUGUUAUUCUGGUUUGAGUAGGAUGAGACAUUUUCAGACAUGCACAGCUGAGUUUUAGGUUGUUUGCACCACCUGUAAUCCUGUUUUUCACCUUUUUUUUCUGCCUCUAUUCCUCUUAUUUUUUUAUUUUCCUUCUUUGUACUUUACUUUUUCCUUUUCCAUCUUUGUCUGGUUUUAAACAAGACGUUCAAAAAGAAGAAUUCCAGUUUUUCAGAUCAUGAAUUUGUACCUCCCAUGAACCUCAUGGAUGUUUUUUAAUCCCAUUUGAGCAGAAACCGUGGGUGUGUUUGUGACAAAUCGGAGCGCAGAGGCAGAGCGGAGCACGCCGUGGCAGAAAGGAUGCUGAGUCAGGGUGGAGAAGUGACAGGAGGCACCGAGAGGAAGAGCGAGAGACGGAGAGAGAGAGAGAGACUGUUGAAUAUUUCAGGAGGGUUGAGUGAGGCAGCGGCUCUCAGUGGGUGUUCUCCCUCGCUCAGCGUCUUCAGGAUGACGAUGAUCUCAGCAUGUGGAGUUACACUGAAGAUCAUCUUCCUCUGAAAAUGAGAAACCAGGAAGUCAUGCGCCGUCAUAACCUCCUAACUGUGAAACAUACACGCUCAGACGUGGCGGUAAUCAUAAUUUUAGAGAUGUAACACGCAGCUCGCUGAAUACUGGGGAGAGAAAAAGAGAAAAAACUGGUGCAGAUGAAGAAAACAGGUGCAGAGAUUAGACGAUGAAACAAAAGUACGUUUUUAAAAUCUGAUUCAAACUUAAGAGGCGUGUACAGGAGAGGGAUGCAUCUGAACAAUCACAGAAUCUGCUGCAAACACAGAAAGGUCGGUUUUAUCGGUGCACAUGUUUUUCACGCCGUAGAUGCACAUGUAAUCAUUUUCUGGAGCUGAGUGUCAAAGGAGUGAAGAGUCUUCAUCAACAACAAACAAGCAAAAUGUGUGAACCCCAGAUCAGGUCUCCUCCUGGGGCCAAAGCAGCAACAGGGGGACACUUUUUCAAACGCCCGUUUUGGUCCCCUGCAGUUUUUACCGUCUGAAAAUCUACCAACUGAUGUCAGGCACUAGGACCAAACGGCAGCUCAAGCUGAAAACUGGUUUCCUUUAGUUUGGACCGCCCACAAGGUCCUUGAUUGGCUCUGCCACAGGGCUGCUUUUUGUGCGUGAUUGGCUAUCCCUGCUGUCAAUCAUUCCACGCCCGUCAGACUAGUGUUUUGCAAGUUGCUGGUAAGAGUCAGUCCAUGAACGUCGCCAUUCACCGAUGUAAGUUCAUUUAUCGGAGGUUUCGUUUACAUCCCUGUAUCGGUUUGUACUUCCAUCCAUCCUCUGUUACUGUGUGUGAGAGAUGUGCUGUUUGCUAGGCUAUACGUCUCAAUCGUACUCAAGUCACAUGUUCCCUCCACUUUUGAAAUCAAAAUUAUAUCCACGAGUUCAUGCAGCUUUGGGGACGAAUUACAGCGUCUUAAAUAUGAAGUAUGAUGCAGAUAGAACAGAUUCUGUACGGCGGUGGUUCAUAGUUUGUCUCUCAGGCUGUAAAAAUCUCCACUUCUGGCUUCAGUACCAGAGGGUGAAGCUGCAGUGACGUCCCGUUUCCCUGCUGCACUUGAACACACCGUAUUAAUGUACAUGGAGGGUCUCUCAGCGGCUGAUGUGACCCCCUCUCCAAACGCAGACCUGAACGUACGAGUGUUCUCCUCUUUAUGUUUUUAUAGCUCUGUGUGUGGGCUGUCAGGCCUCCAGUGUGCACACACACAUCUCUACCUUUGCUCCUACACAUGAUGCUGUGUGUGUGUGUGUGUGUGUGUCACGAUGAGAGGUGUGUAUAACCGGGGUGUGAUGUGGUUCUGAUUCGUGACUCUUAUCUCUCCUCCGCCUGUUUGUCUCUCCACUGAAGCGUCCUUGUUAUCUCCGUCGUGUCCACAGAAGACGUCGUCUCAAUCUGGAAGCAACUCGCAGUUAAUGAAGCAAACCAAACCGGGCGUGGGGCCAGGAAAGGCCGCCGCUCGCUCUUGUUAAAGCUAACAGGAUCGCUCUGCUGGUAGCAGAACAGAGAGAGGAGAAAAAAAAGGGUAAACAUUGAGAUAAGUGUUUUUAAAAGGAGGAUAAUGUUUGAUACGUUUUUAUUCCAGUGGAAAAGUUCUUAAAAAUGAUGCUCUGUUGAUGCUCAUAAAUAAUGCAGCAGCCGUUUAGCCGACGCUCCUGAACUCAGCGCUCUUUAUUAUCCGUGUGUUUGCAGAGAUGCUGCAGAAGAUGAUCCACUCACUCUCAUCUGAGUCUCUGUUUCUGAUGUUUGUAUCGAUUUCUACGUGAAUUUGACUCUCAGAUGAUUUUUGAAGAGUCUGCAAACAGCCGAACGCUCGAUGAAACACGACCAGGAGAUUAAACGUGUUAAAAGUUACCCUCCAGAUAUUUACCAGAUUUUAUCUGAGAGACGAGAAAGAAGAAAACAAAGUUAGAGUCUCAGUGUGAAGAAACGAGGGAGGCAUUAUGGGAAAUGGAGUGAAAAUUCAUCUUUUCUUAUUGGACCCAAAUGUCAGUUUGAGUUUCAAAGCGUCUCUCUGAGUGUCUUUUAAAAACGAUCCUCCAGCAGCCGGAUCAGAGUUUCAGGAGACCUGCUGACCUGAAGAGUCUGUUUGAGAGGACACAGACUUUCUGGGGGUGAAGGAUGAACUCUUAACUUCUAUCUAACGAAGGUUUAUUCUAUAUAUUCACAGGCAGGGAUCGUCUGUGUUUAGAUAAACGCCAACAUGAGUCCAGCAGAGUCCUGAGGGUUAAAGGUUGUCCCUACAGUCAAUGUUGGAGCGUUUUCAUGAAUGAGAGACUGCGACAAACCAAACGAACACCUGCUGGGAUCCUCUUCUCAUGAUUUAUCCUAUUCUAAAGGGCAACUGGACUCCAGACAUCUUCUCACAAUUUUUUCAAAGUCAUUCGUUAUGAGGGAGGUAAAGUUAUGCCGACACAGCAGGUCCUGGUAUAAAUCUAGGGCUGCACAAUAAAUCUGUUUUAAGAUGUAAUCAGAUUAUUUAAUUAUGACGAUGUUAAAAAAAUUAAAAUUGUCAAAUCCAUUUUCCUCUCUAUCAUGUCUCGCACCUCCAGGCCACCGUAGGCUCCCCCUUCCCCCUCAUUUCGUGGUUAAAUAGGACAAGAGCGAGUCAGUCGUGUUGAAUUGGUACGACUUCACAGUUUCAGAUGAAGAGUAAACCACUCCCCGCUGCAAAGUCUGUCUGAAGGUGGUAUCAACCCGUCACCACGGAAACGAAUUCAGGAGUUCAUGUUCUUUUCUACGUCUUUUCUUUCACGUCUUGUUUAUCUCAAUACCGACCAGUUUCCAGGACUAAACUCCAGAGCAGAGUUCUUCAUCCAGUUUCAGUCCAACUAGUUUUUAUACCUGAAAGAAAACGGGUCCCUGACGACAGACAUGAUCGGUUUGAUUUCAGUCAGGCUGAUGUGUUUACGAGUGUUUGAAAGAGGACUGAGGGAACGAUCGACCGAUAAACAUCCUGAGAAACAGAUAAAUGUUGGGAACUUGAGCUGAGUGUUUCUCUCUUAUCAGAAGUUUAAUUCAAUGCAGAGAAAUAUUGUGGGAUGAUAUGAUCCUCUCAAAGAUCCAGACAGACACUCGUUCGCUCGUUACUCAAAGUUUCCUCUGACAGAUUUCUGUCCUCGUUUUUUCUUCUUCGUUUCUCUGAAAAUGUAGAUGAGAGUCAGCCGAGGUGAAGCGUCUGUGAUUACAGACGAACCGUCACACUGUGAUGUUAGAGUCACACAUCAGCGUGGAGGUGACACACUCUCAAAAGUGUGUGUGUGUGUGUGUGUGCACAGGCUGAACACACAGUCAGGAUGUAAACAAGCUGCUGUGACAUUUACACACAGAUUAACCUCGUCAGUCAGGGGAAGUCACGCCGUAACAACGGGUCCUGACCGCCGUUAGAGGACGAACAUUUUCAGAAGAUAAAACGCUACAGCGUUAAAACCGCAUCACAGCCGAAGAGGUUUGACUGUUAGAGGUUCAGACGAUCUUCAGGAGGUUAAACUUCUGUUUGUCUGUGUCCGUGACGGCUGAUAAAAGGAGGCAGAAACUGAAGGAAAAUGCCAAAUGAGAUCUUUGGACGCUGAACUGUCAAAAUCUGGGCGUUGGUCUGCGGCGGGACAGAACAGGAAACACCAGAAGAUCUUAUUAUUUUGGGGCAUCCUCCGUACUUGUAACUUCAUUUCUGAGAUUCAAGGAUUAAAUAAGUGAUCCAUUCCAGGAUCGUUCAGCCCUGCUACUGAUUUAUUCAUUUUUUUACAACAAUUAUAAGAUAUGAAGAAAUAAAAAAGCAGCUCAGGACAUUUGGAGUCAUGUGACCCCAGUUUUGGACCAAUAGGGUCCCCUGUACGUAAAACACUUAGUCCUGUUCAAAUAAACAAAUGAAAUACUGUUACAUAUGUCUGUAUGCUAAAAUUGAACAACAUGAAUUCAAGCGUUUUAUAAAUCUGCAUCAUCAGGGAGUCACAGCCGACAUGAAAUGAAGUUUCUGGAAAAUUAAUCAUUAAAAAGUUUCUUCGCUCAGACAAAUAAAUGUAAAUAAUCCUGCAGAGAAAGUCGUGACGGUUUAAUGGCGUGAAAAUCUGCUUCAGUUUUGGUCUGAAUUCAACGCAGCAGGUGUGAGUUCCUGACGCAGAGGUCAUGUGACAUCUGCGGCGAACAAUGAGGCUCACACUGACUUUAAAACUGUCUUCGAUAAACUUUUAUGGCCGCACAUUUAACACCACUUCUAUCUCCAGAAUCUGACUCUCCCUUUAUUCCGCCGUUUUCCAGCAGAUGUUUCGCACAUCUGUCCGGAGUUCCUCUGCCAGCUUUGAGAAGGUUUUAGGGAUCUGGAUCUGCUCCAAAGGGGCCAGAUAAGCGGAUCUCGGGCCAACGUUGGCGCCGGAUCUGCAUCGGUCGUGAACUUCAGGGUUUUUUCAUGUCGUAAAUCUGGCGUGAUGGUUAACAGCUGUCGCGCUGAAGCGGUCUGGGCUUCCUGGCGUGUUUUUGAUGAUUGUUUUAGUGUUUUGAUCGUGUUUUCUGCGGCGGCGUGGACUCUGGGCGCUCGGGUUUAGUUUUAAUUAUUUCGCCUCUCUGGUGAUAAUUUUGCCCCCCGUCUGUUUUAAAAAUGGAUUUCUCUUGUUUUUAAUUGUGUUUCCUGUUUUUAUUUCCAGCUCCUGCUUUCUUUGGCGCUUUUGUUUAUAUCUGCUCCAUGUUUUUCUGGAGAUGUGGGUUCCCCCUGUAGAUGUGAAGUGGGUGUGGAGGUGUUAUCCAAAGAGAGAGAGAGAGAUGAUCACGAUGCAUGUAAACAAAAUUAACUCCGACCAAAAUAUGAAAUUGAAAGAAAAACAUUUGGAGCGAAACUCUUCAGGUCAGAGAAAACCAAACGGGAGUCUCUGAAUCUGUUUCAGUCGGUGAGUCCUGGGUGUGUACGGAGGUGGAGCAUGGCGGCGGGCGUAGCGGGGAUGUGUCGUUGUUGUAGCCGGGGUUUCUGGGAGCUGAGGUGGGGUAAUGAUGCGUGGAGCGAUGCUAUGAUAACCUCAUUAUUCUGCAGAGUCUGCCAGCAGAGAGGGCGAGUCGAUGGGUUAAUCGUGCAGAAAGAGAGAGAGAGAGAGAGUGUGUGUGUGUGUGUGUGUGUUCAGUUUUAUUCACAUUUCUGCUCUUUGCUGGUGUUAAAUUUGUGCUUCUUUAUGAAAAUUGAGCUCAGUGUUAGUUCAGGCAGGCUGUGAAGUGAAGCUCCACCCACAGUACAUCAGCUGAUCUUACACCAGCUCAUACCAGCUGAUGUCUCCUCCUCCUUCCCAUAGACUGUAAAUGGAAUGGACGCCGUCUGCCUCCUCGCUGGGUGAAGCCACCAUGAGAACAGCACCCUCUGGUGACGGGCUGCAGUAUCGGUCAUAAACCCCGCCUCCUCCAGCUAUCCCUAUGGAGCUGUGGACAAACUUUAUAAAUGAAUGACUCAGAAUAUAAAUGUUUCUCCCUCCUGGUUGUGAUGUUGACAUGUAGUUACUGUCAGACUGGUUUGUGCUCAAGUCCUCUUUUUUCUGUUCAGCUCCAUUUUUAAAAGUUAUUAGGGGGUUCGUGUUUUCUAUGAUUGACACCUGAUACAGCCUAUGGGUGUACAGAGUGAAGUAACUCCUGCUGAAUACGUACAACGCUACUGCGCAAGUGGUGGUUCCAGGAAGUGGAGAAAAUUAGAAAAUACGGAGAGCAAUUCGGCUUCAAAUUCGUAUAAUGGCAGGAGGCGGAGCCAAGUUGUUCGCAGUAUAUACAGUCUAUGCUCCUUCCUCCUCGAACCACCUCCACCACAGCUCCUCUAACUGGUGUCACGUGUAUUUUCACGGACGCCGGUUUUAGCUGCUGCUCCACCUGCCUCAGCUUUUCAUGUAUGAGAAACAUAAAGGAGGUUUUUUUGAGGACAAACCUGAUGAAGCUCGACGUUUUAGUUUUUAAUAAUCUGCAUCUAAACUCAUUUUACUCUGAAGGUCACGAGGAGGUGUCAGUGUAAGAGUCUCAGAGGUCCAGAUCUCCAUUUAGGGUCAUUAUAUGGAUGGGUAUCUGAAGUGCCCUCCUUAAACUGUGUCCACAGAUUUCUCUAAACCUGAACCGAGUCUUUAGUUUGUUAAGUUUUGCUGCUUUAAAAGCUGCAGUUUCUGUCUCAGCUUUUGUUUUUAGAGAUACUGACUUUAUUGGAAACAAACGAUGCAGACACUCACAUCUCUUCCCCUGAUGUGGUCGACAAAAUCGCAGUUUUUUACAACAUACCCUGAAAAGAGAAAGCAGCAGCUGUCUGUGGAGGUCAAACCAUCUUCCUGUCACUUCCGUUCAGCGGUGACAUUUCCUGAUCGUAAAUGGUUCCUCUGACAGGAAACGCCACUUUCAAACCGGCGGACUGCUUCUGUAAAACGUGGAGACGUUUCAGCGAUAAUCCCACCUGAGAGAACUGAGAGAACAAGAGGAUCAACCCCCCUCCUCUUCCUCCUCUUCCUCCUCCUCGUCUUCCUCCUCUGUAUGCCAGGCAGGAGAAAAAGUGUAGUUAAAGCUUUUAACCCCACUCGACCCCGACUCUGCUCCCCUCCACCUACAGCUGAAGAUGAAUCCCUCCCCGAGUCCCCAAACUCAUCUCCAAAUCUUUCUCAUCUCAGCUCCUCCUCCUCCUCCUCCUCCUCCUCCUCCUCCUCCAGCUCUUCAGUCUGAGAUCCUCUCGGCUGUUUGGGGAAUUUCAGAAUUCAAAACUUGGAUUCACACCAAACUUUUAACUCACUUUCCCACCAAACCGCAGCUCAACGCUCCAACCUGUUGGUCCAGGUGAGAAGAGAGGAGAGAGGAGUUAAUCCGAGUAAACUUCUCCAGGAUCUGAAAUCUGGAUCUGUUCCUCUGGAGUCGCUCUAAAUCCUCGCCUACGUUUUAUUUCACACCUUAGUCCCUCGAUAUCUGAUUCGGCGUUUGAAUACCUGAUAGGAGCAGAAGUUUUGAGAUGUUUCUCAGUUUGCAGAAGUGAAACAGACUCGAUGGUUCGAUUGUUGUUCAUCAUCACACCUGAACUGGAGGGUCUUGGUUCUCUACGAGUUCAGGUUCAUUUGAAGUGUGAUCAACUUAUUAAUCGAAGGCAGGACACGCUGUAAAGCCCAGUGCAUCAUGGGUGACAAUACCUCCAAAAGCAAGAUAUCGAGACGCCUGUUCAAACCUACAUGUGGUCAUGUCAUCAUCUCAUCCUGCAGUAAUGAAAACAUUUACAGAUAACGAGAUUUGCGUCAAUAACCAACGUCAUUUUGUCCAUAUUGGUAUAUUUGGUGUCCAAGAAACGAGCAAAACGAAGCGAAACGUGUGCCCCCAAGAUCUGGGCUGCAACUUUCCCGACGCAGCGAAGGUUUCCUGUUUUUUACUGAGAAUGUUGAAAUGAAAAUCUGUCCUGAUUUGUGAGAUUUAUCACGUUUUUAAAGCUCAUGGCUUCAGUAAGUUUAUAAGUUUAGUUCAUACAGCUUUGUUUGGCCAGGUGGGGAUGGGUUAGAGCAUCUGAGGUAGGGCUGGGUGAUAAACCAAAAAUUUACUGAUACUGACAUUUACGACAGUAACUGACGUCAUUUUGCCCAAAUCGGUUUAUUCGGGGUCAAAAACUAAUAAAUAAAUCAAAGUUGUUUUUGGAUGUGUGUAGGUAGGCUAUGGUCUCAUAUCAGAGACGUGACUCCACCCCAUCCAGUCUGUAACAAAGAGGUAAAGACAGGUGAGGAGAUGGAGGACGGUUCAAAAGUUGUAGCGGCUGAAGUAGACGAAGUUAAUGUGGGAGGGGGUGAGCAGCUUGUGGAGUAGUUAUCAUCCAUUUAUCGUUAUCGAGGUGAACUGAUCAAUAUGUCGUGAUAUUGAUUUGAGGACAUAUCGCCCAGCCCUAAUCUAAACCAAGAAUCCCGUCUCCUUUAGGAAUCACCUCACGACCCUCAGAUUACUGAGUAGAUGUAGAUGAGACGACUCCUCCUGCAGAGACAGAAACGACUCUCUCUCUCUCUCUCUCUCUCUCUCUCUCUCUCAUCAGGCCUUAUAAGGAGUUGAUGAUCACCUCCUUCCUCCUCCUUCCUCCUCCCCCUGUAAUGACUGCUGUUGUUUCACACUACCAUCCAAUCUGGCGCUCAUCCUGCAGCCAUCAGAGAGCUGUUAGCACACAAAUGACAGCGGCUCUCCAGCUAACAGUGGCAGUAAAAACAGACCUGGACCUCCUGCAGGUCUCCCCCCCCUCCCCCGUCCUCACACCCUCUUUGUUGUGGGUUCAGAUCAGAUCAGACUGGCAGUGGCGUGCGUGAGGAGAGUAUGUCACAGACUCGGGCCCAGAUCGGGCUCAGGGGCAGAGUUUUGUGGGGUUUAUGACAGGCGUCACGUCGCUCCCUCCGCUGUGCUCGGCUGCAGAGAUGAGCCGCCAUCUGGACGGAGCACAGCGAGCGCCGGGGAGGUCGAAAUAAAGACGACGCUUUCUUUUUGUGAAGCUCUGAAUCCUCUGCUCUCGCUCCUUGUCCCCUCAGAGCCACAUUUACUGUCACCUUUCCCAGAAGUCUGGAGUUAGGAGCCCCUGGGGAUGAAACGCUGCACCAAACCCACGCUACAGUGUCAUUCCUCCCAAGUGUGAAACCGACCGUGUGUACUCCAGCUUCAGAGAGAAUAUUUCAUCAGAAAAAUGACGUUUUUGGUGUUUUUAUUUAGUACUUUUCUUCUUUCUGUUGGUGGUCCAUUUAAACCUUUUCAUACUAGAGAAACCACAAAAGAUUACUUUGGUAAUCGUCUAGUCAAUGAUCAUUUUUGCAAAUACUCGACUAAUCGGAUAAUUUAAUGAUCAAUAUAAUGAAAUCAAUAUAACCAUCAUUAGCUCCCAGCAUGUUUUUAUGGGAUGUGUUUCCUUUUCAGAUACUCGUGCAUCGUUGUUGUGCUGUCGUAAAGGCCCGUUCUGUCUCGCAGAUUUAAGAUUGCACAUCCUUCUUCUUUAUUUUGGAAAAAUUCUCCCAAACUUUUGAGUUAGCUAUGAUUCUGUUUAGGCAUGACUGACCCGGAUUACCACUACUGCACAUGUGCGUCAAGGAUGGUCUGUGUACUUGGUGGCAAACAGAUUUUCAUUUUCAAAUGAAAAAAUAAAAAUGAGGAGAUGAGCGGUCUCACGACGUCCGGUAAGGAAUCAGAGAUGAACAAUGGAAAACAAACUGUUUUUCAUUUUCCAUUUUGAUCAUAAAAUUCAGAGAAUGAAAAAAACAACUCAGUAUUUGUUUCGCUAAAUGGGCUGCUACAGCCCACUGGUGUAUGUAGUCUUAUAUAUAUCUGUGCUAAGUAGAGCCAAAGUCUCGCUCCUAGUCAUGACUUCCGGGUCACGACACGAAAAGUGAACAAAACUUUUAACACAAGAUUUCCGCGAACAUAUUCUGAUCUUCGAUUUUCAUUUAAAGCAACAUCACAGAAAAUCAAAUACUGAGAUGUUUUUUCAUUCUCUGUAUUAAAGGAACAAAAAACGGAAAACAAACCGUUUCCGUUUUUUGUUUCUUGAUUCCUUACUGGUGGUUGGGAAACAGCUCAUCUCCUGAUUUUUGAAAAUCUGUUGGCCGCCAAGUACACAGACCAAGGACAGUCGGAGACAAGUGAGACAAGACAGCGGAAGAUGAUGAUGAUUAUUAAGUUAUUCACAGAUGAUUUUGAUAUUUGAUGUCGUUGUGACUAGUCCACUAAUCUUGGCAGAUGUUGGCCUACUUCAAACCAAAACCGGCAAAUUGAUCUGCCCACGCUCCACAGGUCGCACACAGGACUUUGAACCAGAAGUUUAACAGCAGAAAUUCAUCAAAGCCAAACCUUAACAGAAGAAGAAAAAAUAGAAGGGAAGUAGAUAAAGAUGAAGACGUCAUGUUUUCUGUUCAGUUGUCUGAGUUUUCACUCUCUCCCCAUGAAAGCUUCUUACUAACUUCAGUUUUUUGCCACAGUGUCAACAGGCAGAGAUUCAGCUAUGAUCUCUGUGAUCAGGUUGUCUCUGUUGGACCGAUAAUGAUUUGACUCAGUCGGGUAACGAUUUCAGUCGUGUCUUCUUUCAUUUGAAGCAUUUGAAGAAUUACAUGUAUUACCUUAAGAGUGCAAAGUUAAAUGGUUAGUUUCAUCAAGUUCAUCUGUGCCUGAGUUUGCUGGUUGAUGCAGGUUUUAGUUUAAUUUGACGUCUGCAGAGACAAAGUGUAUUUUAAAGGACAGAAACAGUGAGUUUGAAGCUGAGCUGUUUCUCUCUGUUGUUUGUUGGAGUCACUCCAGCAUUAAUCUCCAUUUCCCUCCUUGUUAUUUUGAACGUAACCGUCUUAAAAACCCUCUCUACAUCUGUCACCUCUUACCUGUGUUUUUUUAUUCAUUUCCUCACAGAUUGGAUUUGGUUUCCAGCCUCCCGUCGGAGUCGUUGAUUGAGCAGAUUCUCCGUCACAGUUUUUCACUCUGGGAUUUUCAUCUGCCAAAUCUGGUGAGCACAAACAUCCCUCCUCGUGCUUCAAAUGUUACACUUUCUCUCUGCACUCCUUUUCCUCCGGCUCAGUGAAUGUGUGUGUGUGAGUGUGUGUGUGUGGGAGCGUGAGGAGGUGUUAUUGUCAGGGUGGAAAAUGACUCCUGCAAAAAGCGGGACACAAACAGGUAUGAGUUCGUGUCUGGGACUGCAGAUCUGCACAGGAGGAGCGAUUUGAGGAGCAGAGAUGAUGCACAGAGGCGUCAUGUUCUGGGAUGGGUUGUUUUGGCUCUUUGUUGCUGAUUUCUUUGGGUUCACUCUGGUGUGACUGGUUUUAUAAUGAUUCUGUUGCCUUGUUUUGUGAGACAUGAGAUGCAGAAAACAGGAUUUCAGCGCCGUAGUGUUGGCGUGCGAGCAUGAAGAACUGCUGCUUUCAAAAACCGGGGGCCUGUUCUGGCAUAUUUUUGGGUUUUAAAAAAGUUUAGUAUUUUCUUGAGCUGACUUCUUAAACUGGGAGCUGUGAAACGGGCUGUAAUGUGGAUUCUCAUUGAGCCAAAUGCCUCUUAUUGACAGAAAUGGACUGAAAGUUGUUUUUGUCACUCGUUGGUGAAGAUUGGAGGUCGUUUCAUGCCACAAAGUCUGAUUUUGCUUAUUUCGCCAAAGCCAGCUGGAAGCUACCUCAGCGAUUCAGGCAGGAAGUGUGUUGGCCUGUUUGAGCGGCUCCUUUCACGGGAAGACAAACUGGAAAUUAAAUGGACAUUUGGACUUGGACAGAAAUAUCAUGAGCUGAAGUCUGCCUCGUCUUUAUCUGCUAUAAUGCCUGAAAAACAUGACAGAAAUCACCUCGAGGAUGUUUUUCAAAACAAAAACCAAAUCCAUCAUUUCUGCUGCGAGACUCCUCCUUUUAACUUUUAUUUUGAAGUUGCAUCACAGACAGAUGUACAGAAACAUGCACAGCUGCAGGUUAGAUACUGUGUGUUCUUUUUUUUAAUUAGGGAUAAUGCACAUCAAUCGAAAUUUCAGCAGUAUACAUCAGUGUUUAUAUGCCAGGAUUUGCACAAAAGCUAAAUUUCAUCCACUCUGACGCAGAAAUCAAUUGUUACCAUCGCUACCCAAACCAUCCAGGUAACCCGAUUUGUACUGGGCAUGUGCGAAACGUACGUCACUUCCUCUACUAGCCGUCUUUGCGACAGCUCAGCAAUUCUUCGCCCGUGGUGGUUUGCAACAGCUUCGACAUCAGGGAGCUCGCUUCAGUCAGAAUUGAUGCUUAAGUUUAUCACCAACUACAUACUCGUCUCCUGAAUGGAGUGUUAAAGUAGAGUGCCAGAAGGUCAAGAGAAUGGCGCCCAGAUUCACGAUUUAAGGUUCCUACUAAUUGCAACGUAGUUCCAAAACUCUUGACUGAAUGUGAAUAUUUCAUUGUUGAAAUCUUAAUGCUGUAUAAAAACGCUGAAUCUUAUUGUCCAUAAUGUGUCGACUUCUUGUUAAUAAAUCCCCCCUUGAUACUUUGAAGAGUCAGAGAACCACCAUUUUGACCAGGUGGUGGCGCUCUCUGUAGCCCAAAAGAUCUCACCGUGCUGGGCAGGAGCUCUGGCGAAGUCCUCCGCAUUAGCUCCGGAGCCUCCUGCUAGCUAGUCUGUCACAUCGCCAGCCGUAAAUUUGCACUAGUGCAGUACGUAUCGGGUUGGUUGCAAUAGUAACGACUGUCGUAAAAUGCGUUGAAGCACGAGGAGAGGAAAUGACGUACGUUUCGCACAUGUGCAGUAUGAAUUGGGUUUCCGGGACAGAUCGGGUAGCGACAGUUACAAAGCAUAGACAUAUUCACCAGAAAACAACACAAAUACAGAUUUACACACAAACUGUACUGAUCUGGGUUCAAACGCAGCCUGAUUUAAAAGUUCUUCUUCGUUUUCUUAUUUAAAGUCUGAGACACGUCUUUAAACUCCUUUAUUAGGCAGGAGCAUGUGCAUUUCUAAACUCCAUUAAGUUUCACAGUGAAGCUGCAUCUGUCUCCUGAACGUCCUCAGAUCUUUGGUUUGUUUGUUAAUUUUGAAUAAGUGCAUAUUAAACUUUUUAUAUGUGUCUAUAAACCGCAAGAAAAGAGCCUUUUCUGUGCACAUCUGUGAACUUGUGAAACAAACAGAUUCAGACCCGAGCAUGUCCUGAAAAUGUCAGGCCCUGAUUAUCUGAAACUUUCUUGAGUUCAAACAUGCAGAAGUGGAUAAAUUCAUGCAGUUCUGUGUCUUUUCCACACAGAGAAGAUGACAUGUAUUUCUGCUUGUGUAGAGAAGAAGCUGCAGAUGUGAAAACUUGAUGUUUUGUUGGGUUCGUCUUCUGAUCAACAGCAGCACACCAGGCUGUAAUUUUCCGAGUGGGAAUCACUUUCUAACCGGAGGCAGAGGACCUCGAAUCCAAUCACAGCAGGCGGGGAAUUGAGCUUCUGUUCUUCUCAGUAGAUUGCUUUGUUUCCUGCUCCCUUAACACAUGUGCAUCGCACUAAAUUAGCCCUCAAUUGAUUCAAAAACAGCAACCUACACACGGUCGAUGGGGGACCAGCUGCAUGCUUCGCAGGUGAUCUCAUGCACGCUGCACAAGUGCGUGAAAAAGCGGCGUUUUCCGGGAGCUCUGGGACUCGGUUUGAGUCAUGGAAACAGACGGAGUAUGAGGCGAUGUUUUCAUCCUGAGGAGAUAAAGCAGCUUCGUCGGCUGAUCCCUCCUCCUCCUCCUCUUCCUCAGCCGCUGCAGAUUAUUUAGAGUUUGGGAAUAAACGGCCUUAGAAGAACAGGAGGAUCCACCGGCGUGCUGUCAGCGCCAUCACAAGACGUAAAACCACCUAAUAAAGAAGCUCAGACCGUGUUCCUGUGUCCCAGAAUACCCAGAAUACUCAGCUCCUGCUGUAGGUGGUUUCUGCAGAUGUUUUUAAUCCACCUGGAAACCAGAACAGCUGACAAGUGUCUAUGUCAUGUUUAUCUUCCACAUCUGUAAAGGCUCCAUUACCCCCAAUUUCCACCGCAUCUGGAUUGUCUCUGAUCCAGAAUGGCUGCAAUUUUCGCCGUCUGCCAAUUCCUACCAGAUCCGUUGGUGAGGCAAAUUUUGUGGUGGAUUACAGACAUCGGGAAUCGUGAGAACUCAGAAAAACCCGCAGAUUCACAUGCAAUUCGCGAUAACAAGUUGUCUUUAGCAACAGAGGCUAACCAUAUAAGCAGUGAACUGUGUCCUUCCAGAGGAGGAAAUCUACUGCUAGACUUCUAGUAUCAGGAUCCAUUGUGUCAUCGGGAUGAAAUGACAUCUAUGAACCUGUUACUUGUUCGUCUCCGCCCGUUUGCAUGGUGUGAAAUACGAUCCUCCUGAAACACGGAGUGUUUUAUUUUGAAAAGAAGCCGGAUGUUUUAUUUUGUGUCUGUGCCCGACUUCCUUUCCAGCACGGGUUAAUCUGUGCUGAAUUUAUCCGCCAUGCUACGGCGUCCGGGAAAAAUAGAACUCUUGCGAUCAGCUGUGGAGUCCGGCGAUCCGCAGAGGAACGGAAUGAAGUUGGUGGAAAUUGACACAAUGACUUGAUUAAAUAUGAUCAGCUACGAUCGGAGGAUACAGCCUUUUUGUAGCCGGUCAGGAUGCAGUGGAAAUUGGGGGCCAGUGCUGAAAGAUAUCUGUAUUUGGAGUCACCGCAUGGUCUUAAUAUUCCUUGUCCAGUGAGGUCUGAUGAAUCAAAAUCUGACACUCUUUAAGAAAGGACGACUGGACUUACUUGAGAUGUUUCGCUUUAGGCGAAACGUCUCAAGUAAGUCCAGUCGUCCUUUCAACGUAGAACUGUAAAUCAUAGAUGCUGCAUCCUCAGAUUUAAAGAGUUCCACAUCCAUCCUCCCUGAUGGUGUGGGGAUCAUCAGAGUCCAUGUCAUGGGUAUCUUCCACAUCUCUGAAGGCUCCAUUUGUCUGCCUGUUGUUGCUCUGAUGGUGGUUUUAUGGUGAUGAUGUCGUUGACUGACUGAUCGUCUAGCUCUCUCACGCUGCGACACUGUUUGCUCAAAGUCCUUCUCUGUUUACUCUCAGACUCGUCGUCACUUUAACCUUGUGCUUUUUUAUUUCUUUUUGAAUUGAUAGUUGGAGGAGCGCGCUCAUAAAUCAGACUCAAACAUCCUGUCCUCAAACUGUCGGGCCGCUCCUCAUGCGUCCUGUAAAAACAGCGAUAACAGGGAUCGCUCUCCGCUCCUUUACCCCAGCUUUACUCAGGUAUUCAUGGGUAAUAUUACAUAUAUUGAUUAUUCAAAUGCUACAUAAUAAAUCAGACCCCAAAGAGGACCUCUGUGUGUGUGUGUGUGUGUGUCCUGUGGUUAAAUCAGCCUAACCCUGGACCUGCUGUGUGCUGAAAAGUGAGUCCUCUGACUGAUUGAUGAGCUCGGCUCUCGGCUGCAGAUGACCUGCAAGAGUUGUAAUGAGCUGGACAAGGUGAUUGACGCACACACACACACACACACACACACACAUGCAACAAAGUAUCCCCCCCCCCUCUGCUGUUCCCAGACGAGUCGACCUGUCGUGACCUCAGGGCACUCACCCACAAUACCUCGCUCUCCCACUCCUAAUCUCUUGACCCCUGACCCCCUUCCCCUGCUCUCAGGAUCUGAUUGGAUAGAUAACAGCCACCAGAGGUCACAUGAUUUGCUGAUAGGGUCGUCUGGGCCUCUGGGAGGCCGGUGGAUUGGUGUUUAAUUAGUCAGCGUUCCCAGGAGAGGGGCCGCUGUUUGGUCCUGAGGGGUUUAGAGGUCAGAUAAAGUCCUAAAUUAGAGACUGACUAAACAUUUACUCAGUUAUACCUAAUGAGUGUGCAUGUAGGUGCGCCUGUUCUGGACCCAUCACUUGACCACAAUUACAAUUAUUGACCCGCUGUACAAAUAAUAUUGAUUAGAAACAUUUCAGGCAUUAAAACUUUAAACUGGAGGUAAAAUUGACGAAAUUCCAUCAGUGUUUCUGCAGCAGUGUGACGGAGAGAAAAAAGGCCAAUUUUCAGAUUCAGAUUCAGAUUCAGACCACUUUAUUAAUCACCUAAGGGCAAUUUAUUUCAUAGUAACCCACCUUGUUAUUAGACGAUCAAGGAACAGACAAAUGGUGGACAUUUACAGCAGCGCAUGACCCAAACAUUCCCCUGUCAGCGCCACAAAUCAGCAGUAAAUAAAUAAAUAGAUAAUAAAUACAUAAGCUGUAUGUUCAACAGUGAAAUGACUUAAACGCAAUAAGAAAUAAUAUGAUAAAAGAAGUGAAAUAAGAACUGAAACAAACCUGAGACCCUGAUUUCAACACAGGCCACCAAACAGCUACUUCCAGCAUUUAUCAGCAGAGAUAGUCAACACUAUCACUCUCUCUCUCUCGUUUGCAAACGUCACACUUUUAAAAUGCUGAAAAUACUUAAAAUGUCUGUUUGUAAAUGAUGUCAAUCUUUGCUGAAUUUAUGCGCCAUGCUGCGGUGUCCAGAAAAAAUAGAACUCUGGCGAUCGGUUAUGAAGCCCAAUGAACCGCAGGGGGCUGGAAAGAAGGUGGUGGAAAUUGACACGUUGACUUGAGUGGAAACGAUCAGCUGCAACUGGUGGAUACGGCCUUUUCUUAGCCGUUCUGGAUGAAGUGGAAAUCAGUGGAGAUGGAUUUUCUGCACAAGUGUUAUUUCAUAGGUAACAUUGGUGCUCUGAGAUAGAAAGACCCAAUGCGUGUUCACCUCACCGUUACCACCACAGUAUUUUAAUAAACACUGCAAACUGACGACCUUUGCUCCCUUUGCUAUGAUACUAACAUUGAGACCACGUCUGCUCGCUCACUCGCCCUCUAACAGGGAUCCUUUAAGAUUUUCUGCUGCAUCUUCACAUGAACUCACCUGGACUUCACCUUUGAGCAUCCAGGAGAAAUUCAGUAGUUUGUGUUCACACAUGCUGCUCACCGGGGUUAUUUUGACUUAUUGAUGCUAAACAACAUCAAACAUUUUGAAACACCACGUUAAAGAAAAGAGUCAAAGAAGUGAAAAUUUAGGAUAAACUCGAUCUACAGAGCUUUGCACAACACCACCUUCCUCCGUCGAUAUCACCUCCUCCCAUGGUGCUUUGCCGUCUUGGUCUUCAUAGAGAGGAAAUGAUGAAGAACCUCCCGUGAAGACGUCCCUGUUUGUUGUGACGGCUGCAGAAGAUCGACGCGGGGAAAAGUGACGAGCAGAGAUUGAGAGAGACAACAUGUGAUUGGUACAGUGAAAAGCUUUUAUUAAUGGAUGUCAGCGGCAGGUUUUCUCACUGUAUCUACUGUCACACACACACACACACACACACACACACACACACACACACACACACACACUUAUUCCCCUCGCUGUCAGGGAGAUGAAUCUCUGUUGGUGGAUGUGAAGAAAUAGAGUCGAGGCUCCGUGGGGGGAGAUGAACUCACAACUAUACUUAAUCAUUUACCUCCACAUCUCAUCUCCCCACAGACCCUCCCUCUCCCUCCCCCACUCUCUCUCCCCCACUCUCUCUCUCUCUCUUUGUGUGCCUCGCUCGCCCUCUGCUAUCUGAAGCCCGAACUGAAGAAUCGAACAAUGAGAGCCUGAAAUCCUGGCGCUGUCUCCGCACACAGCUGCCUCUGAGACAAACGCUCGUCAGCGCUCGGUGACUCACAGGGUUCCUGCGGAUCAGCAGCCAGCAGGGGGGUUGAGGGGGGUGAAAUCUCAUUUCACAGCUCCUCUGGGUGUUUUUUUUCUGCCGCGUUAUUCCUGUUAAAAUUGGUUAAAAUACAGUAAACAAAUCUGCAAGAGGAAAAAAAAGCAGUUUUUGACACGUAAACACUCAGAAAGAUGCACAGCUUGUCGACAGCGUGUCAAAUUAAAACAAAGACUUUGAAAAAUUCGCCUGUUUGGAGUUUGGAGAUUAAGUCGGUUUGCAAAAAAACGUCUGCAGAGCUGCAGGAUGAGUCAGUCCUUUCUUUAACCGAUAGACAAACUUCCUGUUAAAAUAAAGUUUAAAAGUAUAACUUAAAGCUAACUUGACAGAGAGUCACUCAUAAAGAGGUGUUGAUAUUAUUGAGACUUGAAUCUUCCCGUCAACAAACUACACUCUUCAAAAUAAUCUGUCGAACCUCGCUGGAAUAGAAGUGUGUGGCUCAAACUAGCGGUGCGUACUGAUUCGUCUAAAAUGUGGUAUGAAGUCCUGUGAAGACGAUACGAAGCGCCCGGUCAGAGUUUACAGCGCUGCGAUGUGAGUCAUUCAGGAACAGGUUUUUGAUAUCAGGAUUUAAAAAAUCACCCCAAAAAUUAUUUCUUCAUUAACCGUUAUAGAUGUAAAGUUUUUAAAGUCAGAUCAUUACUCCUCUGUGACGUCUGUGUUAUCUUCAGUGUGUUUGUGUUAUAUAAUCACGGCUUUAUUCAGGGUUCCUACACAGUUAGAAGAUCCAGACUUUUCCAUACCACACUUUUUAGAAUUAUUUUUGGAAAUACCGACUUUACUAUUUUAGAAACAGUAUUUUAGAACUUUGGUAAUAGUCUGGAAACUCAAUUUUUCCCCCCAUACUUUAUUUUUCAUUUACUUUACUUUUUAAGACAUUGAAAUUGAUCAAAUUUAUUCCAUACUUGUGUAGGAACCCUGUUUACGUCAUAUUUAGUUUUAUGAAGACAACACUGUAACGUCGUUUGUAACCGACCAGAGUAUGAUGUACUUCUGUAAACUAUAAACCAGUUUAACUGGGCCGAGUGCACGACAAUAAUGGCUGAAUGGCAGUCAGACGACACUAGGCGUAUCCUUCAGUAUUGACCGAUACAAACACACAAACUCAUGCAUGACAAGUUUUGAACUCAGCUGCAGUGUCUUUUCAGACUUAAAGGAAAAAUGCUGCCACACGGCCGACAUCACUCCUCGUCCUCUUUACUUUGUUCGUACUUUAGUACACACUGUUGUUGUGAUCUCAUGGACUCUGCAUUUUAGAUAGAGGUGCUGGAGUGGAGUCUGGAAUGGACUGCUUGUAUCGGAGUGCUGAGAUCAGAGAUUUGAGAUGCAGGCCGAUGUAAUAUCGGACCGAUAUCUGAUAUCAAUUCUGUAUCAGGGCAUCCCUAGACUUCACACUGCUGUAGAGUACUACAGUACAGCAGUAUUUACUGUGUCUGGCAGGAGUGUGCAGUUAGCAGUUUGUCCGUUUUUGAUCACUCACUCUGAGGCUAAACUUCUUAAUUUUAACUUUAAAGGUUUGUCAAACUUUCUGAGUGGAUCGUCUGAAUGUUUGAAACUGUCUUUGGUCCACUCUCACAUCAUAUUCGUCUACAGAGGAUCGAAUCAAACGCCUGUUUUCUCCUCGCUGACCUAAGUUACAUCAUAAGUAUGCGACUUUGGCGGAGGUUCGUGUUAGGGUUGAGUCAUAACAGCGGAGCAGCUCAACUAAACGCAUCUUUUCAGGCUUGAAAAUAUGCAAAUGACUUUGACUUUAUUGCACGAAAGGACAAGAACACGAAGGUUGAUUGUAAACAACUUUUCAGUCCUGCAAGAGUAACAUCCAGUCUUUCUGAGAACCUGUGAAGGAGACAUGCAAACUCAAAGUCCUUGGACGUGGAGUGAUGUUUGUUCUGUUUGUUGGAGAUUGGGGCUCGGAUCUUUAAACCAUUUGUUGUUUUUGGAGGAGGAUUGAUCAGGAUGUUUAGUACCAGACAUCGACUCUGCCUCUGAGCGCCCUGAUCUGACCUCAGAGCGGUCUGUGGUUAAAGGCUGAGAGCAGGACGGGUCUCCGUGGCAGCAGCCUUAAUGUGCCCUGGACAGAAAUAGCAGCAUGUGACUCACCACAUUAACGGGGUCUGACGAGGUCUCUCAUCAUCAAAGUGCAACCAGCACGCACUGAAAUGCUAAUCACACAAACGAAGGGAGGUAGAGACACGUUAUCCGCCAUCAAUCAGCGAGACGCGGCGUUUCUGUGAAUCCACUUCAAACAUCAUCAUCAUCUGUGAGUCGAAUCCUGGCUUUGACCUUUUUUAGUAUUUCAUUAUUUGACACCGUUUGAACGAGGAUUAAAAAGCUAAAAUAAAGGACCUGGAGCAUUAAAACGGUUUAAUAUCAGCUCCCGUCAAAAGAAGUGAUUUAAAAACGAGUCUUUGAGGAAUUUAAAUGAUGAUCCUGAGUUUGAUCGUCAGACUUUCACAAGGUCAAGAACAAACUUUAAUACUUGGAUAAAUCCACCAACUCAUCAAAUCACACCAGUGGUCUAGAACUGAAGUUUUAAUGAACUUUGUUUCCACCGGGCGGCUCGAUACAGGAUUAUUUAUGUCCUCCGCCGUCCAAAUUUGUGAAAGGUGCCAAAACAUCAGUCUGUUCAGCACUCUUCAGUUAGAGCACCGUGCAAAUGAAUUCAGGAUUUACACUCUGUUGGUCAGUAUGAUGGUAUAAAAGUGUCUACCAGUAGAAAUUUAGCUCUACCGUUUAUACCGGAGAGAGAGAGAGAGAGAGCAGAUGUCUGCUGCGUCUCUCUGAGUCAGUGUGUAGUUGUCUGCGCUCGCUAACAGGAAAGCCGGAGUGCGUCCGUUUGGGUGUACUCCCUAUAAUCACCAGCGUGUCCAGCAGACAGCUUGGCGUAGUUUCAACGCAGAAACAGCUUCACUGAUGGUGGUCAUGGCGGACGCAGAGAUUAGUGGCGGUACAGAGCAAACGGGGGCGGCCGAAAACACCCAACAUGAGGAGGAACUCGUUACGAAAAAGGGCGCGACUCACGACAUCGGAAUCCGACAACGAUCAAAAAACAAAACUAUGCAAAGAGUGUCGUGUAGGAAACACCAGUAACCUCCUCCACCACCUAAAGACGAAACACGCCAAGCUCCAUUAUGAGAGACUAAAGAUGCGUGACGCACCUGCUGCACCAAAAACUCAAACUGCAGCAGCUCCUCUCAGACUAAAGAGCUCGGCAGAGUCUUUCACCAAAGGUACGCCAUACGAUUUAAAAAAAACCCGCCAGACUGGUCUGACAUUUAGUUUGUCUGAAAAUAAAAGGAACAUGAACAAAUUUGACAGUCUGGUUAUUUUUAAGACAAAUGAAUUUACAGAGGAAAAAACAUACCGUGAUAUGAAAUUACUCAAACCGUGAUAUAAGAUUUUGAUCGUACCGCCCAACACUAAUAUGUCAUGACAGACUUCAUAUUUGACUCAGAUGUGGUUUUAAACGCUCUGAUCUGUUUUAAGCAGGUUACAUGAUGGAUCUACUUUCUCUUUCGGUCCUAUCACUCCUUUUACAAUGUCUCCUGCCACUAGAGGACACCACCUUCCCUUCCCAGUAAACCUGCUUUUCCUCUUUGGUUUCACUUUUUCAUGUUUUAAGUAUUUCUCAUUUUUACAGAUUUGAAGUCUUAAUGACAACAGUUUUUAUCCAGUCCAGUUUAAUUUCAGGUUUUCAGAGUCAAACAGGACGUUCUCACCUUACAGGCUCAGAAAGUCAGCCCGGACUUUACAGGAGGCCGGCUCAGAGAUGUCAAGAUCUGAGCCGUGCUCCCCUUUGACUCCACGCCGCCUUCUUAUGGUUCAUGAAUCAAAUAUAUCUGACAUUAUUUCACUUUUUCCAACACAUGUCACGCAGGUUGAGAUUUCCCCUCCCUCCCAGGCAGCCUGUGUUUUCGCUUCAUCUUGUUACGCUGCUCAGGGCUGAAUUCAGCUCACCUGUCUGUCAAACUCGUGUAACACUGGAGCUGAGUGACGUGGCUGACAGAACCGGCCCGGUUUAUUUCCAUAAAUAUCCAAAAAGCUGCUGACGGAGUCUGAUUCUCAGUCAAACUUCAGAAAUAAUUGAUCUGCUGCAGCCGGCGAGCCAUCAAUGUUCCCGUCUCAGUUUUCAGACGUGAAUACAAAAGGUGUGAGACUUUGAAAAGGUGUGCAGCUAAAGCUCGGGUUUGACUCUGAGAUCAAAUAUAAACCAGGACUUUUGACUUUAAGGAUCCAAAUAAUAAAAAACGUGAAUGUGAAUGAACAUAUUAAGUCCUUUGCAUCGUUCCUGAUGCGCCUGUGGUGAUGUAACAACAGAAGUGGUUUGUGAAGCGUGAUCAUGAGGUCAAGUUGGCAAGGUUAGAGCCAGACACACCAGCGGCUGGCGUUGAGGCGCUCUGGGCCGGGUGGUCAAAGCAUCCCGUGUGUCAAGGCUGUCGUCCUUGACGCAGUGGCCCCUGGUUUGAUUUCUAUCCAUGAUCCUUUGCUGCAGGUUUUCCGUCACUCUCUACUCCACACAUUUCCCGUCUCUCUCCAGCUGUCAGUUCAGCUCUUCAUCAAACGAAGGCAAAUAUUCCAGAGGUAGAGUCGGUAUCAUCGGAGCUCCAAACUCUUCAGUUUUGUUUAUUUCUGCUCUGAAAAUGGACGUUUUCAUCUUCCUGUCUUCAGCGUUUCCUGUGUUUCUGCAGUCAGCAUCAAGCGGCACUCUGGGAAAUGCAGUUUUUAGCACUUUAGCUCAGGGGGGGGUUACUGCUCAGCACACACUCAAGACAAGAUUACCUGAUCAUGUGUGCAUCUGUUACCCCCAAUUUUCACCACAUCCGGAACAGCGGCGAUUUUUGCCAUCCGCUGAUUCCUUCCGGAUCCGUUGGUGAGGCGAAUUUCAAGGCGGAUAAUGGACAGCAGUAACUGUAAGAACUCACAAGAACCCGCCAAUUCACAUGCAAUCAGGCGAUAACGGGUUGUCUCUAUAAAGACAGACACAUAGACAUAUAAGCAGUAGAUUGUGUCCUUCCAGAGGAGGAAAUCUACUUCUAGACUUCUAGAAUCAGCAUCUCCUCAUCCAUGGUGUCAUCAGGGUGAAAUGACGUCUAAAAACCUUUCACUUGUUCGUCUCCGCCCGUUUGCAUGGUGUGAAAUACGAUCCACCUGAAACACGGAGUGUUUUAUUUUGAAAAGAAGCCGGAUGUUUUAUUUUGUGUCUGUGCCCGACUUCCUUUCCAGCACGGGUUAAUCUGUGCUGAAUUUAUCCAGCACGCUUCGGCGUCUGGGAAAAUAGAACUCUUGCGAUCAGCUGAGGAGUCCGGCGAUCUGCAGAGGAACGGAAAGAAGUCGGUGGAAAUUGACACGUUAACUUGAAUGGUCAGAUCAGCUACGAUCGGAGGAUAUGGAUUUUUCGUAACCGUUUCUGAUGCAGUGGAAAUUAGGAGUAACAGUCCAGUCUUCUCCUGCUGGGAUAGACGUGGUCCUGCACAGGUUGAGGGGAUACUCUGGUGUGUGUGUGUGUGUGUGUGUGUGUGUGUGUGUGUGUGUGUGUUUGUGUUAUCAGUGUGUGCUGGCGUGCUGUCUGCUCCUGUUAGCGCUAACGGCUGUCAGCUGUGACAGCGCAGAGAUCAACUGAGGGCGGCUUAUUAAGACGGGGGACAGGAAGAGGCUGCAGAGGGUUAACAGGGCAGCAGUGUUGUGUGUGUUAAAGUGUGUGUGUGUGUGCGUGUGUGUGUGUGUUAUUGUUUAGCAUGCAUUAUGGGUAAAAUAAAAUCAUGAACAUUUGCAGCUGGAAGAUGUUCUGAUCUGUGACGUGUCUCCACCUCGGGGUGAAAGAUCUGCUCUGUCAAAACAGCAAGUUUACUCGGAGUGGGAAAAGUGGUCUUAUUAGAUCUUCAGAUCUCAUCUAACAUCGUUAUAUUAUCCGUAAAUUUGUCUCUGACAGUCCUGAUGUUAUAACACAGCUCUUUGGUGAAACUUUGUUUGGAAACCCAAGCUGUUCAAACCUCCAUGUUUGCUCAGCUCUGCCUCGUCCACACAGCAGGGAGGAAUCCUGAUUUUCAGCCUCCAACUCGCUUUGAUUUAGUUGUAAAAAUCCAUGAAAAACUUUCCGACUCGGGGCCCCUGUGUAACGAGACACAUCAUUGUCCACGCUGGAGGAGGAGAGGACGGAGUGUGUGGGCAGGCGGAGGCAGACAGAGCGACCCUGAAGCCUUUAGAUGAAGCAUGUUAUCAGAGUUGGGGUCAGAGAAAGAGCAGCUGGUGGUUCUGAAGCCUGCGGGCGCUCUUUCUGCCUCCGCUGAGAUUCAGCUGCAGCUCCACCACAUGAUGGAGCAGCCAUCGCCUCCAGGUCGCUGAGCUUCAUGUGAAAGUUUCAAGGCUGAUUCCAGCUGCUUUGACCCCAAAAGGCAGUAAGACGACACGGGGUUUAAAUCAGGAUAGUAAAGGGUCAGUCCACCCAAAUCACAAACAUCUUAUUUAAAAGGCCGGGACUCGAUUAAAAAAUUAAUCUAAUUCAUCGUCUUUUAAUCACAUAUAAAUAUUUGACCUGAGAGCAGUGAGAAUCAUUUUUUAAAAUGGUAAUUGAGUGAAUGAAUAAACAGUGAACUGAAUGAAUUCAUAAGCUUAAGAAAAUGAAACCUUGUUUAUUUUUUAACCUUAGCUCUGAGUCCACUCUUCUCGUCGAGUGUGGGUGGGGCGUGGGUCGCUGUACUCGUAGUUGGACUAACGUUAUCCUCCACGCUAGCUCCAACAUGUUCAUCAUUCAGGUGAUACUGGAGGCUUGACCUGUUGUGAUGAUAUGCAAAGUCUUUUUUUCAUAGUUUGCGCAAGACUAUUUUUUUUAUCCAGGCUUCCAUCCAUUUUUAAACAAAAACGCCCAUCUAUGCUGGAGCCAAUCAGAACACAUUCAUCUGCAACCUUGUUCAUUUUCUAUGCGCUGGUUGGGACUGGAAUCACUGCUGCACUCACUCACAUUGGGGUGCGCCAGUAUAAGUGGUAUACCUGAAACUCAUCCAGUGAGAAAUGUUCCGCGGUGCAAAAAUAUAGUAGGUGCGAUUAAUAUGUGUUUAUAUUUUUAACGAGAGAAUAUUACUGUAAUUAAUUAAUGGUAAUUAACGCGUUAAAGUCCUGGUCCUACUUAUUUUAUUUUUAAAAAUUUUCACACCAGAAACAUCAAAAUAUGAGUUUGUGUGCAGCUCAUAGACUGUAUAUAGAACGGACGCCGUCUGCCUCCUCGCUGGGUGAAGCCACUGUGAGAACAGCACCCUCUGUUGACAGGCUGCAGUAUAGGUCAUAAAUCCCGCCUCCUUAUGGAGCUGUGGACAAACUUUAUAAAUUUAUUACUCAGAAUAUAAAUGUUUCUCCCCCCUGGUUGUGAUGUUGACAUGUAGUUACUGUUAGACUGGUUUGUGCUCAAGUCCUCUUUUUUCUGUACAGCUCCGUUUUUAAAAGUUAUUAGGGGGUUCAUGUUUUCUAUGAUUGUCACUUGAUACAGCCUAUGGGCGUAUGAAAAUUGCGUACGCCCAUAGGCGGGGAUACACUGUUUGAGCCGACCGUCAUCAUGGCCACUCUCCCGCCAAAUGUGUACAACGCUACUGCGCAAUGUUGGUUUCAGGAAGUGGAGAAAAAACGCAGAAAUACUGAGAAGUUUUCAGCUUCUAAUCCGUAUACAGGCGGAAGGCGGAACCAAGUUGUCAAUAGUAAAUACAGUCUUUGGUGCAGCUCAGUGGGGAUUGACACACUUUUGGGACCAUCCUCUAGUGGCCACACAAGGAACUGCAGUGUUGUGGAAUUAGUCCUUUUUGGCUUUGUUUUUUUUCUAACUGCUUGUAAUCGAGUUGCAGUGAAAAGCGCAGAAUCAAAGUCUGUUUUUGUGUUUGGGUUUUGGAGUUUGAGUUCGUCCACGGGGAGAGGAUUUAUAUCUGAAAUAUAAAAAGAGAGAGAGAAGGUCCAGAGUCUCAGCGAGCGGCCAAGCAUGCAAGCGUUGACUCAUCUGUAUCGAUUGACAGACAGAUGAACCCCCACAGAUGGUAUGUUUGCUCUGUAGGACAUUAUAAAGCUGUAUUUUAUAACAGCUGAUUACUUAUAAUAGAUUCUCAGCAGAACCUCUGACCCACUCCAACGUCCUGAAGCGGACGCUGUGUAUCUGAAUGUUGAGUGUGUAGGCAGCCACGGUCCGGAGAAACAGACAGAAGAGCUCUUGUGCGUCUGUGUGUGUGUGUGUGUGUGUGUGUGUCGGGUCUAUUGUCGUAUUAUUUAUACAGUGUGUGUGGGUGGGCAGCAGAGAGCCAGAGGGCAGCACAUGUUUACACUGACGGAGAUGGAGAGAGAUCCUCUCAAACAUCGAUCCUCGGCUUUAUGAAUUUAAAGAAGCUCAGCUGUUGUUGUUGUUCUCGAAAGAAGCUUCUUUCUUCGAUUAGUUUUACGAUUAGUUAAAAUUCGAUGGUGUUUAUUUGUGAGAGAUGAUUAUUUUUAUGAGAUUAUCUUAUUCGGUGAUAAGAGGAUUUGUCGGCCUGGUCUCUGCUGAAACUGAAGACAGACGGUUUAUCUCCUGAAUCGAUGUGUGGCAGAUAAGAGCGAGAGGCCACAGAGUUCAAACCCUCGAAAUCAGAGGAAGGAGAGGGAGGAGGGAGGGAGGAGGGGGGAGGCAGCAGGUGCAAGAGAGAAACCUGACUCCCCACCUCUGCCCUCCACUGACCACUGACUCCUUCACACCCUUCCUCCUCCUCCUCCUCCUCCUCCUGCUGACGCUUUCUAAGUUGACCCUUGAAAGUCGAGCCUCUUCUUCCUCCUGUUGUUUAUGUUCUACCAACCUGCAGUAACACCUUCUCUGUGGGGCCGUAAACCUGACCUUUGACCCCGUAACAAGGAGAGAAGUGUUGAUGUUAAAUUGUUAAGUCGUCUGGAGGACGGUCACCUGAUCCUCUCACUCCAGUGCGGCUCACAGCCGGAGAAGACCGGGCAGUAAGAGAGAUGUUGUUUUCCUGGCGGUAAAUUGCAGAAAGUGUUGUUGACCUCUGACCUCUGUUUGUAAAAACCAGUGUUUAUCUCAGAGGAGAGUUGUCGGCUCACACUGCGGCGCUGCUUUCCUCUCUGAGCUGGAUAUAGAAAUCUUUGUUCGCUCCAUCACAGCCUCUUUUAACUGUCCUCAACGACCACAUCGAUCGUUUUUGUAGCUUCGCUCAAAACAGAAUCGUCAAGAUCCAAGAAUGACAAACUUAAGAGCAGUUUGGAUGUCUUUUUUUUCAUGUUUUAGUCCCUCGAAGGAAAGGUCAUCAUCGAAAUAAUGUAAAGGCUUCACAGAAUACAACUUCACAACUUUAAUCUCCCCCUCCAGAGAUGAAUGUUGUCGACCGCUUGCUUCUCUAGUUAAACCAACUUUAGUAACGACCGCAGGACAGCAAUACAGAGAGCCACGCCCCCAACCAAAACGCCACUCUAUAGCCACAAAUAAUGCUCAGAACAGCACCUAACUUCAUCAACAGGACAUAUAGGGUCACAGACAUAGUACUAGACACCAAACAUCUUUUUAACUUUGACUCAUUUCUUUAGUAAAGAGACUAAACACAACUCACCUACUCUCUUCCAGCAGCCGCUUGUUUGUGGGAGAGCCCUGAUGAGUGCAGCGGAGUUUCACAGUUUAAGGAAGAACAUUUUUGAUUAUUACUUAAUGGACGUGGUAGUUCUCCUGUUUUAGCGUCUCGGUCUGAUUGUAUUUCCAUGAAGAAAUGAUCAUAAAUGUUCUUCCUUGAGCUGCGGCACCCCGCUGUAGUCCGUAAUGGACUGGCCUGAGGUCUCUGGUUACGGUGUGUUUGACUAAUAACUUCAUUUAAUGCCAAAAUAUCCCUUCAAGAUCAGACAUUUUCUUUUUGGAAACCAUAGAUGCUAAAUCCCGACUCACACGGGUUGAUAUUUCUACAUUUUACGCCCCUACAGACGUCUUUUAAAUAUCUGUUUUAGCUUUAGCAGGAUUAAAAUAUGUGUUUUUGUGCCUUUUUCUCCAGUUUUCACGGCGUCUUAGUUCUUACAUUCAGCGGUGGAUGUGUCUUGUGAUUUAGCUGCUGUUAAAGAGCGUUUUCCUUUCACCUCUCUGUCCGUCUAUCAGCCCAUAAAUGAUGAACAUGAAGACACAUUUUUUCUAGACGCACCUGAGAGAGACUUUUAUUCUGUUUCCACUCAGAUCAAAAAGAUUUUUUCCAUCAUUAGUAACUUUUUUCAGUGUAUUAAAGGAGAAUUGUCCAUUUUUUUAGGUGUAUCAUAAAUAACUUAUUGGUACAAAGAUCUUGAGCUGAGCCGAGUGAACCGACAGAUAUAUUUAUCAUCAGUGUCUUUGGUCAGCAUUGAUUCCUAAACACAGAAUAACCUCCUGAAGAGAAAGGAGGCAGAAGUAUCUCCGAUCUCUGCACACAGUUUACAUGACAGGCCCUGAUUACAGGCGUUCCUGCACAGCUCGUGUGUGUGUUUGUGUGUGUGUGUGUGUGUGUGUGUGUGUGUGUGUGUGUGUGUGUGUGUGUGUGUGUGUGUGUGUGAGAGUGUGUGAUCUCAGAGAGAGUGUGACUUGUUUCCAGAGAGGAGAUAAGAGCGGCUGAGGUGCGCUCAGUUCUCAGGCUCCCCCGCUGAUCCUCUCCACUGAUCUCGGCUGUAAUGAAGCGUCUUUCAGCAGAGCUUCGUUAGCUCAGGCAUGCGGCGUGCUCCGACCGGUCCUGGAUCCGCUCUCUGACUGAGCGCUCUGUAAUUACACACAGCUACACUCUCUCAUGAUGCAACUGUUAAUAUGGAGCUCGCCUUCCUGCCUCCAGGCGCAGAAAAAACUGAGGAUUAACGGGAGGAUGAAAUCUUGUUUGGCAAAUACAGAGCUGCGAGUGAAUACCUGCACGCCGCAGAGAUCUCGAGUGUUGGUCCCAGCGGAAAAGAACUGGUUAUAUAUCAAACCAGGACCUUCAUUUAGAGAGGUUAAACCGGGUUUUGAUCUGGACCAGUCUCUGCUGGACUGGAUUUAAUGAGAUGAUUCUCUGUUUGAAAUUUCAGACUUCCAGUAAAAAAGUUCAUGAUUACAGAGUCGUAACUUUUCCAGACGCCUGUCAUAAAUCUUAGAGGGAGAAAGUCGCUUUGCCUUUAUUUGAAGUAAAUCACUGGUCUGUUUAUGACUCUGAAGUCCACAGACGAGGUUUAAUCGAGGUUUAAGGCGGAGUCUGCAGGAUUUAAGUCGAUCGAAAUAUGAGCAAGGCAAGGCAUCUUUAUUUAUAAAGCGCAUUUCAUACCAAGGCAGCUCAAUGUGCUCUACAUCAAAACAGUGAUAGAGCGACAAUAGAGCGGCGAUAGCGGUGAAGAAAAGAGAGUCUGAGCCGAUAAAGGAAAGGUUGAAUGUCGUCUGUGUUCGUCUCUGCUGCUGGAAACCUUCCUCUCUGACCCGGGUUUGACCAGGACUACCUCAACCCCUUCUUUCCUCACCCUCCACAGGUGCUCUGUUCAUCCAUGAGCCACAGACUCCAGGGGGUCCAGAGGACAAGACUACCCUCUAGAGCUGGGCGAUAUCAUGAUAUAUUGAUAAAACAACUUUGAUUGAUUUUUGACACGGAAUAUACCAAUGUGGGCAAAAUGACGUCAGUUAUUGUCGUAAAUUUCGGUAUCGGUAAAUUUUCAGUUUACCGACUAGCCCUCCUGCCUGCUCAGACGUAAAGAUAUAAAUCGUGAUAUUCAGUCUAAUCGUUACUCUGAGGGCUGAACGCUCAGGAGACGAAUGUAAGGGGGAGGAGCUAAACCUGAACGUGUAUCAACAUCCUGCAGACUCCACCUUUAACCCUUCACGCUCGGUGGGUUUAUCUCGAUCUUGGGAACAGAAUAAUCUCUUUAAACAGAUUUCUGCAGAUUACAGGAGUGAGGGAGGGACAGGAGGAGUGUGGUUUGGUUUGAAAUCCAGGAAAUAUAUCAGUCAGCUGACAGUGAAGAAGGUCAGAAAGAUGAACCUGAAACCUCCUGGGUGAUCUUUGAGAUACAGCUGAUCUCUUAUAUCUAUGAUGCAGUGAACGUUUUUAGUCUGUUAAACUAAAAUAAGUCUCUUUAAGUAACCUUCCUAUGACAGUGUGUUCGGGUUUUUCUCCUGCGGUUGUUGUUGUCUGGUUUCUGCAGGUUUUGGGUUCACGGGUCACUGGUUCGAGUGAAAAAUCCUCCUCCUGCACACAGAGAAAGAAACCGAAUCCAAACACUCCUUUUUUUGUCCUUGCAUUCCUCAGCUUUGGAAAAAAACCCACAAAGCUCCUCUCUAUUAUUCCUGACAGUAUGUAAGGUGACACUUCUCCUUUCUCCCUGUUAUUUCUCCUCUGUCCUCCUCCUCCUUCUCCUCCUUCACUCUAGUUACAGCCCAGAGAGCAGAGGGGUUGAAAUCAGAGCCGCUCCCCCCGAGGUGGAGGCACUUUAUGGCGUGUUUGUGCAGGAGGAGGAGGAGCAGUGGGAGGAGAGUGGAGGAGGGAAGGAAAAGGAGGGCAAGAAGCAGCAACAGAGGGUGAGGAAGUGGGACAAAAGUCUGCAGAGAGAGAAAAAGAGCCGUGGAGUUUAUUGUUGGAGCGUUCAAAGAGGAGGAUUAGGAGGGAUGAAGGGGAGGAGGAAGAGCGGCGGACUCGCUCGGCCGUGCAGCUGAACUUGGACUUGUGAGCGAGCGCAUGUUCGGAUCACACUGAGCAGGAAAGGACGUCUGCAGGUGGGACAGGGCGAAGGUCGUGGUGUUCACGUGUUCUCUAAAAGGUUUGACUCGCUUCUGUUGAACUUUAGUGAUUAAAAAUGAAGACAGAAAGAGAAAACUUCAUACUUUACAUGUUCAAAAGUUACUAAGAGGUGAAGAGACUGAAUAGAGAAAGUUCAGUUCAGUGCAGAUCAGUUUCCUUCUGUUCUCUGUUGUUCUUAAAGUUACGGUGCUUUGAUUAAACACUAAAUUAAUGUUUUUUGAAGAACUGUCCAUCCUGCUGAAAGUGAAAUCACUCUUGUGGUUUAAAGGUGAAACUCCAACCUGCAGAAACACUCGACAGGCCGUGUAAAUGUUGAUCAAACCGAACGAUGGUUUGAGACGAAAUUUAACCAGAAAUAGUUUAUAGUCGAUAUUUGAAUGUUGAAACUUGAAAACCUCAUUGUUUUAUUUUUGAUUUAGAUCAACAGUUUGGGUUUCUAUUUGUGUCCUGAUGCUUCAGAUGUUCUCAAAGGGGGACAAAUCAGGACCGCAUCAGUCCAGGACUCUUCUCCUACAGAGCCAUGCUGUUGUCAGAAUGUGGUUUGGGAUCAUAUGAAGGUCUUCCCUGAAAAAGUCUUUGUCUGGAUGGACGCAGAUGUUUCUCCUAAAUCUGGAGAUAUUUUUAAACACUGAGGAUGCAGCAUCUAUGAUAUCCAGUUCUAUGUUGAAAGUCCAGUUGUCCUUUCCAAAAGAGCUCGAUUUCAGACCUCAGGACAGUUUAUGGACAAGUGAUAUUAAGUCCAUGCUGUGACUCCAACUCCAGAGUCCCGUUGCUCCUAAUCUUGUAGAUAUUGUUCAGCAUUAAUGAAGCCUUCACAGAUGUGGAAGAUAUGACAAUUAACCAGGUGUCCUUGAUUUCCCAAAACAACGUCAGUGAUCCACUUUUCUUCAGUCCCGUUUGUAAAAGAAGGCGAUAAUUUCGUGGUUAAAUAGGACAAGAGCGAGUCAGUCGUGUUGAAUUGGUACGACUUCACAGUUUCAGAUGAAGAGUAAACCACUCCCCGCUGUAAAGUCUGUCUGAAGGCGGUAUCAACCCGUCACCACGGAAACGAAUUCAGGAGGAAACGCUAAAGUUUUUUGUCGUAUUGGCAUUUCAUCCACACGGAAACGGCGUUUCAGGUGACUGUAAACGGUACUUUUUUAAAACGGGUCAGAGAGUGAAUAAAUCUGUAAGCGACGAUCAUUUCAUCUCCGUGUGGAUGUCUAUCUACAUCUCUGGAAACGAUCAUGUGACCUGUACUCUUCCUCUGUCUUUUGUGUGUUUCCUGUGCAGCGUUACUGGCUUGUUCGUUUUCAGUGGUUUCGUUUUGCGAGAUGAUAGAAUAAUGUUUUAAUCUUAAAGUGACGUUUAGUGGGAUGGUCACUUAAUAAAAAAUCGAAAUCUAAAAUCUAGUUUUUCUCCCUUCUGGUUAAUGUUUAUGUUUGGUCUCCUCUUCACACUGUCCAGUUUUAACCUGUGAUGUUACACAGCACCACAACUUUUUUUGGAAGCAGAUUUACGAAAGUGAAUUUUCCAUCAUAGAAACACAACAGUAGAAAAAAGGACGAGGACUGAGGCGAGCAGUAAUGAAUACCUGCUGUGAUCAGGCAUCAACUUGUCUAAACUUAAAACAAACUUCUGAGUUUGGGGCCGGCAGGACGAACUCGGUCAUGUUGAACUUUUUUACCUGGUUGAGUUUGGACAUGCAGCUCACCCACAUAUCCUCAGGGAAAUGAAAGGAAGUGUGAAAGAGCCUCAUGAACUCAUUGGCGAUAGUUGGUGAUAGUUUAGUAAAGAUUAAUAUUUUUAUUUCUUUACUUUCCACCUCUGAUUGAAGAACAAACGGGUCUGAAUAUGAAGAGUGUGAAAAGGUGAAGGAGCAGAUAAAUAUGUCCAGGUCCAGCUUUGUUGACCCUCUCAUCUUUAUUUUUAGUGUUUCUGACUUUUAUCUGUCUGUUUGCCUCUGAGAGGUUAACACUGGGCUUGUUUACACCUGUCUGUCUUCAGAGAACCACAGGAGGUGGUGUUUUUCUGUUUUUCUCCAUGUGUGUUUUGAAGUCUAAUGAGCUGCCGUGCUGUUUUUCACCUCGCUCUCAGAUAGUUUCACUUUAAUUUGUUCAUAUUUGAAGAUCCCUGAUACCGUUUCUGCUGCUCACCUUGGAUUUUGAACUCAAAGCGGUGUCUUUUUAACUCUGGAUUAAAGUCUUAAUGUGAUUUAACUCGUGUUCUGAAGCUCAUUUCCCCACAGUCUGGACCAUAAGUGCUCCAAACCUUCAACUGUGAGGAAACAUCUGCUUCCAGGAAACAUAAAUGUGCUCAAUUUGACACCUGCAGAUGCCUCUAAAUUCAUUUAUUCACUUUAAUCGAAUCUGAAUGCUCCAUCCUGGCAGGGUUGGGGUCACAGUCUGGGUGUAUAAUGAGAGAUCUGGUCCUGUUGGUCUGUCGGACAGAGAGAGGACAGUGUAUCAUUGUGGACUCCCGCCUGGGGCUGUUGGACUACGGGGAAAUGUAAUGAAAGGUCUUCCCCGGUCACAAGCCCACUAAUCCCACCUCAGCUUACUCUGAUAAAUCACAAAGAAAUACAUGAAUAACCCCCCCGAGCCGUCCGCGCGGCCGCCGCACGGCAGAUUAAGUCCAGCACGCUCCGUGACCUGGAGGAAUCAAAUUAAAAUCGGAGCGGGAGCGUGUGGCGUGUGGCGUGCUGGCAGCUUGUAACCGCAAAAAAACAGAAAGAUGUCUUCAUGGCUGAUGAGAUGAUGAGUUAUACUGGAGUCAUGAUGUAAUAUUCACAGCUGAGCCACAGCUGGAUUAACCCGCUACUGGGUCAGGGGAGGCCUGUCGCUCCCAGCAGUUUAGAUUUAGGCUCUCUGCUGGAAUAAGACUCAGAUUAAGAUUACCUCAGGGGUGAUUUACUAAUAACAAGAUUUCAGAGGCUGAGACCCUCAGAAGAGGUUCCCCACUCUGUGAGAGACUGUGUGAGCAAACAGUUCAAUGAUCCUCAGAGUAACAUAGAAAGGAAGAUUUCAUCAUUUAUGGUGGGGACGCACGACACUCAAGUGUGUCAUUUUUAUUUAUAGUUAAAUUAAAUCCGAUAAAUUGAUCCAAUAAAUUAAAGACAAUGAGAAACAUUUGUUUGUAAACUGUGUAGCCCCUAAACAUGAUGUGUCGCCCUUAAAUUGUUUAUCGUGUCUUUUAAGUAGGACCCAAUCCCUGCCUUCUCACUGCCUGACUGACAAUGAACGAGCGCUAAUAGCACAUCUCCUGAGCUAGCAUGUCUUCACCAGUGUGGAUGUUUUUCUCGAUGGCAGCGGAUGACGGCAACAUCGCUGAAAAUGUGCUGCAAAGAUCCGAGAGGAGGAAAGAAGGCGUCAAGCUUAAACACGACAAAUCUUAUAGCUCACCUGAAAAGUCGUCAUCGUGGCGAAGCGCUAUUGAAGGAAUACAAAGGUGCAGUGGAAGCAAGUAGCUCUGCUAAGAGUAAAACAACAAAACGACUUAGGAUGUUCCCAAACUUCAGGCAUUUAAAAACCGGUAAAACCUUUGCUAGAGACAGUGAGAAGGCUAAAGUCUAAAGACUAAACACAAGUGACUUUUCUGGACCUGAGACCUUUUAUGAAGUGAGGAGGUCAAAAUAACACGUUCUUCUUGGAAACCAUGGUAACUGCAUCCUCAACUCUUAAGAAAAGAGGGACAUCCAGGAUCCCUGAUGGUCUGGGGAUCACCAGAGUCCACGUCAUGGGUGUCUAGUCAUGGGUGGUGUUGGUGAUGGCUUUGGUGGAGAUGUACAGUUGGAUGUCGUCGGCAUAACAGUGAAAUCAGAGUCCAUAAUGAUGGAUGAUUUUGCCAAAGGGGAGCAUGUAGAGAAUGAAGAGGAGGGGACCAAGUACUGAUCCCUGGGGGACGCCUUCCUCAUCUGUGAAGGCUCCAUUAAUGCUGAACUAUAUUUACAGGUUUAGGAGCAACAGGACUCUGUAGUUGGAGUCACUGCAUGGGGUUAACAUCACUUGUCCGGUAAGAUCGAUGAAUCAAAAUCUAAAAUUCUUUUGGAAAGAACAACUGGACUUACUUUACGUAGAAUCUGAACCAACCACAAUAUCUCCAGGUUUAGGAGCAACAUCUGCUGCCACCCAGACAAAGACUUUCCCAGUGAAGACCUUCACAUUUCAGCAAAUCACUGACAAACCACUGAGCAGGUAGUUGCAGGAUACACGCGCCUGUAUUUUGGCAUCUUUUCGUGUGCGUAGUGUUGGGAUGGGGGAGGGUCAGGGGGUCAACAGAGAGAGCGAGUGGAGUUGAUUACUCGUCUCCGCUCUUAUCUGCGUCCUCCUCUAAUGCAGGAAGUGCCAGCUGAUUAUUCCUCUAAUCAGAGCUCUCUCCUGUGUGAUUAGCUCGCUGGUAAAGAGCCCUUCAGUCUGAAUGGGGACACGGACGCCGGACCUCAGCGAGGCUUUCAGCUCUUAAUUGCAUUAUCAUACCGGACACUCCCCAACGGUCCUGAGCGAGCGGAUUCACGGUGAGACUGUACCUGCAGGAAUCAGGGGAUUGAUCUGUUUAUUAAAAGGAGAGUCUCUUUUUUAUGGGUCCUUCAAAUCCCAUCAGGUCCAUCGCUGUCUCCGCCUCAUGAACAGGUGAAAAUGACCUUUAAUAUAACAGGCCUUUGAAACAGUCUCUCCUUUUCAUGUGGAAUGAUGUUCAUUAUGUCUUUAGUUUCUUAGAAAUCGAUUUCUUUUUUCCUUUAUCUCAGACAUGUAAUCUUUUUCACGUACCUGCUGAUAUGACGUGUCACAUCUUCUGAGAAAGAUGAAAGUUUCCGCCGGAACAUGUCAAGGUACGAGAAAAAGAUUACAUGAGAUAAAGGAAAAAAGAAAAUGGUCACUCCCUGUAAAUUCUAGUCUGUCAUGUGACCGAAAACCAACCAGUCCCUCAGAUGGCGCUCAUGUUUUCCUUAAAAUUCAGAUCAUUUUGAAGGAGCACCGGACUUUUGUUUUCUGUAAUUCUGUUUUAUUUUGAAAGAUCCUGAAAAAGCGAAACCUGCUGGUUAUUGAAUCUGAAGCAUCUGUAAACCAGAGGCUCUCUCUGCUUUGCUCCCUGCAGACUCAGGUUGAAGAAACAGCUGUUUUACUUUGAGGACAAAAGAUAUUUUUAUAGUCAGGAUGUAACGCAUCUAAACAUGGACCUGUGGGAAUGUUUGCGGCGUCCUCAUCAGAGAUACAUUUAAAUAUUUCUCUGUCCGUGCAGCUGUGCAGGAAUUGUUGGAAAUGCUCACAUAAGCAUGUUAGACCAGUAGGAGGCAGUAAUGCAUGCCUGUCAAAUCACCAGGAGAUCGCUGCUUCGUGCAAACAGAGGCUGCGUCUACUUGAAUAAGCUCUCCUGAUACUGUGUACGGACUGGCGAAUGUAAACGUAUUCAGUGUAAAGUGUAACCUGCUCUCUGACUCCCGUACAGGUUUCCUUGUUAACAUUUGAGUAAACCUCACUGUGCGUUCACAUCAAGCGUGAAUAAAAUCAUCUACUUGCUUAAUUCGCGCACAUUUAGAUGUGUGAAUAAAUAGUAUUUUCUCGCUUCAUUUGCGCGAAUGACUCUCUCUAUUCAUGAGAACCAUUUGUGCAAUUCGCACGUCAACAGAGUGAUUAAAGCCGUGGAAAGCCGUUAAUGCUAAUUUCAACAGUGAUCCAAUUUGCAUCAUUUGCGCCGCCAAAGUGAAAUAACAGUCUAAUCGUGUCUUAGCAUGUAACUCAUUUGCACGAAUGAUUUCACUUGCGCUUGGCUUGAACGCGCCAUAAAGGUACAAACUGACCAUUUUGGGGAUGCAUAAGAUGUGCAAACAUUAUUAUCCAUGUGCAAGUAAGUCAGCGUUUCUCAGCACUGUAACACGACAACAACCUGAAGAGGUGUUUUUGUAAAUCUGUGUUUACGGUGUUUGAAAACUGUUGACAUGUGGACGGUAGAGCUGUCUUAUUCAUCAGGGCUGAAUUGAGUUCAUGGAGUUUAGAGGCUUUGGAGGAAAUGACGUUUAAGUUUCUUUAGUCAAAAACAACAAAGUUCAGUCUCUGUAGGACUCAUUUUUGAAGACAUUUUACUGAAAGACUUUGACACGGCGGACUCUCUCUUUCUUUUUAGACCCUAAAUUAAUAUAAAAACGAGCUCAUUCUAUCACAGCUGAUUUCCCUUUCAUGCUCAGUCGAGGUCUUCAGUCAGUAAAUACUUCAAGCCCCUGUAGAAAAAAGAGACUAACCUUCACUUUCACUUUGGAAACUUCCUUCUCGAUCUGAUCGGUGUCUGAAUGAAAGUAAAUGAGUCAUGGGGUAAGUGUUUCAGAGGGUUACUGUCGAGGAACCGUCCGAUUGUUCUCUGGCCGUUAUCCUUUAAUUUACAGCCAUUAGAUGAAGUUAUUUGUUGUUCCUCCGCCCACGCUGCCCCCGUCGUCCCUCCAGUGCUGUCCUCAGCUCUGAUUAGAAGACCGAGGAGGCUACAAAGCGCCGCAGUCCUCUGACGCCUCCUCCAUAUAACACUGGCCGGCUCUUUUGUUUUUACGGCUACAAUUAGAACCCCGAAGUGUAAGCGUUUUGUGCAGCUCUUGCAGAAUCAACAAAAGCUGACUAUUAAACUCCUCUUUAGUGGCCCUGUCCCUCACUUUUAUCUCCUGGCGGGGUUUAUGAGAGCUGGGGUCUGAGAGGCCAAUACACCUCCGCAUCCCACAACUCAGCCUGGACCUUAUUUACGAACUCCUUCCCCUCCUCCUUUGUGCCGCUUCACCUCCUCCCUGUUGCCUAAAUCUUCUUUUAUCUUCUCCUCUAUGUCCUCCAGCUUCGGCAUCUUUCAUUUUCUUAUCUCCUUUUGUCCGCCUCCUUCUCCUUUAUUUCCUUUUCUUCAUUAUUCACCUUAUUUCACUUUUUUAUUCCUCUUACACGUCCUUCCUCUUCUCCUUAUUCUUCCUAUCGUGUCACCUCAUCCUUUCUCUUCUCCUCCAAUCUCUUCCAUUGUCACUCUUUUCUCCCGUCUCAGCACCUUUAGAUGCUCUUACCAACAUACAGAGCAUACGUCAACCUCGCUAAUUAACUCAUAAAUCAUCCCCGUGCACUUCGGCAGUUUAGACCUCAGUCAAACCGCCGGGAGAGGAUUCCUGCUCGUCUGGUGAUGAUCGUGUCCGGGAGAUAACGUCUGGCUGUUGUUUGUCUUCAGCUAGAAACUAUCUUAGUUUAAAAAUGUGUUUUUUUCCUUUUUAGCUUCUUUGCAAAGAUAAAAACAAAGUGUAUUUUUCAUUUUACAUGAGUUUUCAUGUCUCAAAAUCCAACGCACAGUUCAUACAGCGCUUAAUCUGUGCUGUAGCGAGCUGCCUCUGUGGAGUGAUCUGAGUGGGUGUGGAAGCUGUGAUAACAAGACAACGCCGUGAUUGUGGUGAAAGUGGUGCACAUGGAUGCAGAGGUGGAAAAACACCAAAACAAAGAUGGCGAGUGCUCCAAGAGAACCUGUGCCACUGCACCGCUGUAUAUACAGCGGCAUAUCUACCCUGACAGCAGGUCGACCUCUGUGGGCGGAGUCUGGGAUUGAUACGACAGUCUAUCUUAUUUCAACAUUAUCAACUGUUUUAAAUAUUAAAAUGAUGUUAUAAGGAUUGGAAAGGAUAGGCAACUAUAAGCAUUGUGCUUCCGCCUAACCCUUUUUUUGGUCAAGUUUAUAAUUCUGUUGGUUUCUCAUUUGUUGUUAUUGUGACCAAAAAAUAAAACCAUUCAUUCAUUCAUUCAUACAGUCUGGGUUUAACCGAGCUCUUACCUUAAUGAAGGUCUGUUUUCAUGAUUGAUAUUCUUAUUGGCCGGUAAUAGUGUUGUUGAGAGUGUGUUUAAUUCAGUAUCUUCAGUAAACUAGAGAGAGAGAGAGAGAGAGAGAGUGAGUAAAGAUGAAUUUCUGCUCAUUAAAAAGGCGUCUGGACUUCAUAAAUCUGUUUUUUAGAUCUGGACAUGAAGCAUUAAAGUGUACGAAGCCUCAGUUUGAUCAGUGUUGGAGGUUAAACUGAAUAAACUUUGCACAUGCUCAGUUCAUCUCCAGGAUUUAGAGGUGAAAUCGUCCCUGCAUGUACAAAGGUCUUAAAGUUCUUGAAGCGGUCUGCCUUUGUCAGAUUCAAACCUGCCGACUCUUUCUCCCAGUUUCCCCCUCCGUCCUCCGUCCUCCGUCCCCCGUCCUCUGUCUUAGCCUGUAAAUAAACUUUGGAAUGAAAUGAAGUGGAGUUUCAGUUGUGACAGAACACAGUCUUCCUCUGUGUCUUCCACAGUCUUCGAGUCCUCCUCUCCUGUGGAUGUUUCAUGGUCUCGUUCAGCUCUUAGAGUCGUUUCAUGUCCCUAAAAUCAUUUAAAACACAGACCGAGUUGGACAUGAUGACAUGCACAUCUAAAAACACUCAAGGAUCAAACUUCUGUUAAAUCAGGUUAUAGAGACGAAGAGGAACUGCUCUUUUUAAUGUAUGAUGGAUGCACAGACUGUUUGCAGUGUUUUACCCUCAGACCUGUUUUGUUUGCAUUUUCAUUCAUUAGCUGCUUCGACUGUCCGUGGAUGAAUGUGGGGUGUGGAUUGGGUGGAACAUGAACCUUGUGUGUAUAUUUGUCGGUGAAUUAUGAAUCACAAAAGGAACAAUGUAUGAAAGUUUGUGUGCAGGUGGUUUUUCAAAUCUUAGUUUUUCUGGUUUUAGAUUAAAGAUUUCUGACAUCUGUCUAAUUCAGAGGACUGUCCUCAAUGUUCCACGUCAGUUAAAUAAUUCAGCAGGGAGAGAAAAUCUACAGGAAGGAUAAUAUCAAAACUUCCCUUCAGUCCUGACUGUGCAUCAGGAUAUUAUAGGUUUUAAAGAGGAAGGCUGAUAUCCUCCUAAAUAAAAAUACAAACAGGAUUUGGAGGCUUAAGGAGCGACGGUGAUGUUCGCCGCUGAUGUUGAUCUAAGAAUAGCUUCAAAGCUUUCAGGGUCUUACAGAGGAGGAUCAAACUGUGACGCUGGUCCAGAAUUUGGCAUCGGAGGAGGAUCAUAAAAUUCAAAAAGGAUUUUCCAGGAACGAAGUCGGUGAAAUUCACAUUAAUCUGCUCAUCGUGUUUUAAUAUCUGAGCAGUGGGAGAGGAAACGUUGUCCAGUUGAUGAUGUGGCAGGAAAGCUGCAAGCGUCAGCGACGAUUUCAACAUGUGGUCCAAGUUGAAGUUCAGGUGCAGCUUGUUUUAAGACAGAAUCAAAACCCCCUUUUGUCACGUAACAGAGGUCCACCGUCACUUCUUUGGACUUUGAGUUUACUGAGAGUUACAGGAACAUAAGAGGCUCUUUUUUCACGUUCAGUGUCGUGUUGGUGCUCAUGCACACUUGUGAUCGCUGCAGUAUUUCCCUUUCUCGUUGUGCUCACUCUGUCCCUCGGCUUUUCAGACAUGCAUGAUUUCAGACACCUGUCUCUCUUCUCCUGUGGCUGCCUGAUAGUUUGUACUUCUUUUCUGAGAGCCUCCUGGUCUUCUAGAUGUUUAUGAGUCUAGUAGCUAAGGCAGGCAGAGCAGCAGCAAAGACCUCCAUGAAUGCUGUAAUUUUCCCCAGGAUUCAAGCUGAUAUGUGAGUUUUGUUUCGCACAGAGCAGAUAAAUGUCGGUGAGAUCAGAGGAGGAGUGUGUGGGUCAGUGUUUGUUUUGAUGAAGAAGACUGAGAGACGACCUGAGGACUCUGCAGAGGAGAUGAGUGUGUGUGUGUGUGUGUGUGUGUGUGGGUGUGUUUUUGUUUUGGGUGUUUUAUCGUGAAGCUGAAUCAGCUGCUGUGGAGAGAAAGCGUCUCCUCCUCGGUGGCAGAGAUGAUGGAGCAGUCCUCGGUGUGAACACGGCGCCCGUGGGUCAUUAAGAGGAAGAUUUACGCUCACUUUUAUCCUCAGAUGAUGACUGAACCGCUGGAACUUUUUCCCCUGCUCUUUUUUGGGAGUCAGUAAAGUGGUUCCUCCUUUAUUUGUUUUAUUUGCUUUGAAUAACGGCUCAGAAGGCUGUUGUCUGUCUCACCUCUCUGCGUCUCUUUCUCGCCCGCAGACCUUUGUCUCUGCUUUAUUUAAUCUCUGAAGGCCGCCUGUGUCGAGCCUUUUUUCUCGUGCUGUUUUUCAUCACGGUUAUCUGCGUUCCUCCGUGUCCUCCAGCUGCUCUUGGAAAUAAAACUCAUCUAACAAAGUUCACAAAGUAUCUCUCAGACUCCACAAGGCCACCCAGGGAAGAGCUUUUGUUUUGUUUCCUCUUAUUGAAGUCAUUUUUUCAUUAGAUUGAAACUUUUCUUUUAUAUAAAAAAAAUGUAUUUGGACGUCUUUAUGAAGCUUUUAUAGGUCUGUGGAGGUCUGGAGACGAGAAUCACACAAUUAGUCACUUCAGACUCAGAGUUUAGUUGGUUUUUCUCAUUAAUGACUUUCUCAGAGUUUCUCAGUCUUUUUAGAUUUGUGUGGAAACGACCCAAAAAGUUUUUGUCACGCAAAUUAGAAAAAAAUGUUAAAAUCAUCUUUAUUGUUUGGUGUGAUUUUGUGUCAGUUAAUGAGUGUGAAUUAAUCACAUUUAAGGUCAAUGCACAGAUAGUGAGUGAAUGUGCGGCGCGACACAUUGAUGAAUUUGCGUCACUUUGUUGUAUUUUGCGAACAGAAGUAAACAGACUUGGUCUCGUCUUUCAGCCUCUUGGCUUCCUCCGGUGUGUCAAACAUCCAGGUUGUUAAUGCGAAACAAAACAAACAUGAAACUUCACAAAACAGCCGGAAUAUUAAACGAGUAAAACAGUUUGAAACAUGAUAAAAAAAGGACUUCAGGCUCCACCAAUCACAGAUUAACUGGGAUAGAAUAAAACCAGUUAAUGUGAAACACAAAUAACCAGUAUGCCAGUAAGUGAAUAGAUGAUACGAUUCAAUAUUAUCACAAUACUUGGGCCACAAAUUGAUAUUAUUAUGAUUUUAAACAUUUUGCGAUACCGUGAGGAUUGCAGUACCAUAAAUUCAGUUUUUUCAACAGUAUUUUAUUUUCAUGUAGCUGAUCUUGCAAACCUCAUAUGUCAUUUGAAACAAUCUAUACUUGGUGGAUGAGACGAUAUGAUACAUCACCAGACAAAACAUCACGAUACUGUGAUUUAUUGAUCUUUUCUCCAACCACUAAUAAAUGACUUCUAGAAUAAAACCUGUUUUUUUUUUUGUUUUGUUUCCGUUUGUUCGACAACUUGGAACUUAAAUUUCUGACCAGAUGGAAGAACCUAAAACUCAAAGAGCAAAGUUCUGGAUUCGUUGUUUAAGAAUGAGGCGGUGACCUGCUGAACCUGUCAGGCGCUCAGGGAUGAUAGGUUUUGGUCGUCACUCGCCAAUCAGCCGACUCAGCGAUCGCAGUAUCCCGAUGCUUUUAAAGUGCGACUCCCUUUAUUUGCCAAAGUUAAUAAAAUCUGAAGGCGCCCUGAGAGCCGAUCAGACGGACUCAUCCUGACUAGUUUGUUGUGUUAAAAUGGAAAUAAAAAGGAUCUGGUCUGGAGGUCAGAUCGUCUGUGGACCUCAGCUCUGAUUCAUGAGAACAGACUGAAACUAUUCGUCUGUUGAACACGAGCACAGACACAGAGUGAGACGUGAAGUGGGUUAAUCUAAUCUGGGUCUGUGGUCUCGGAGUCUCCUCCGUUUUUAAUUUUGGACUCUUUCUCCUUCUCUCCUCAGAUGAAAGGAUGCUGCAGGGACCCGACGAGGGACUGAGCCCUACCUGAGCCCCCCCUCCCUUCCCCUUCCUCUCCCCUGACCCCCUGACCCCUGACCCUCACAGCCCUCAGCGUCUCCGUCCCACCAUGAACCUGCUGUGUCGCGGGCGCCUGAAGCUGCUGGUGGCGUCUCUCACGGCCGUGGUCCUGCUCACCUGGCUCUACCUGCUGGCUGGAAACCUGGAGAGUGAGUGUUUGGACAAACAUGUGCAAUAUUUAAGUGAAAACCGAACCCGGACUGAGAUCAGUCCUCAUCACUGAGGGUAAUCUGAGAGUCCUCGGUGAGUUUGAAAAGCCGAGAGUUGAUUUCUAAUGAGAGCGGCGCUGCGGUUUGGUCAGAUGGAGUAACAGGAAUCCACCCGCGGGGAACAGAAAACAUCAAUUAUCAGACGUUUUCUGCGACUCAGCUCGACGUUUCUUCGAUCGGACUAUUGAUUUAAAUUUUUAAACACAUGGAGACCAUUUUCUGUUGGGUUUGAUUUUUCACUCUGACGUUCCUCAGAGCCACAGAGGCCGCAGCAGCGAGCCGCAGUCAGCACUUUCUGUUCGGAUCACAACAGCUGGGGUCAAAAAGCUACCAUGCUCCAUCCUCUGGGGGAGAUUUGACACACAAGUACACACAUUUAUACACACACACACACACACACACACACACACACACACACAUACGCAGAGACAGUCGGGCACAUUCCUGCACAUGUUUUUUCAGAUAUUUUAUUUAGCCUGAAUCAGAACCUUAAAAAAACUUUAAAAACUCAAAUCUACCGAACUUUCUUUGACAUUCACGAACAUAUUUAUUAUUUAACAUUUAGAUCUGCAGUAUUAGAGCCAAACUUCUGAUUUUUUAAGAGCUCUGAGACCAGGACUGGAUCUGUUUCUCUUCCACAGGUGGCGUUUUGUAUUUUUAUUACCUGUUUCUUUUUCUUUCUCCGUCCGCCUCCAUCAUUCUGAACCCACACUCCAAAUAACUCCUUUUUCUUAUCCUGGUUUCUAAAAAGAGGCAGAUAUCGUCUGAUGAUAAUAUCAAAAUUCAAAUUUCAGAGUUAUUGCUUUUGCCUCCUCGUUCAAUCGUGGCGUUAUUUAAAUGAAUGUGCAGCUGUGCCUUUGAGAGCGAACAUUUAUCUGACGAGAAAGAUGUCAUUAUUAAAACCUCUGAAGAGGGAAACCAGGACUUGAACUGAUCUGGACUCAGCUGUAGGACAGAGGGUUAGAAGCUCAGAGUAGAGCUGCUGUUUCCUCAUGUUGAUAGGAGUCAAAGUGGAGGAGGAGUCAAGGUGGUUUGAUAAGGAGGCCGCCUGGAGGUGUCCAACAGGGAGGCCCAGAAGCAGACCCAGAGCUCACUGAGGGAUAAAUAUAUAUUAUAUAUUAUAUCCUAUUAUAUAUUAUAUUAUUAUCCUUACUUAUUAAGCCUCCUCAUAAAUAGCUACAGUGUCCCCACCUGUCAGUCAAGUCAGCUGUGUCCUCUGAUUCGCCGAUCUGUUAACCUUGAUAACUCCAAAAUUACCUUCUCGUACAGAGGGCGCCGUGGGACCUCUGAUCUGUUCAGACCAAAACCACAUUCUGGACCAUGCUCUAAAAACGGCUGAGUGUGUAUGUGGUUUCCAGUACGUGAGAUUUUUAUCCACGCCCCAAAAACAUUUGAUUGGUUCCUCCACAGUCUCUCACUUCUACCUCGAAUGCGCCCCCUUCCUGAUUUUAAAUUUCACUGCAGCUACAUCCUAACCCCAACCCUAACCCCAACCUUCACUAACCUCACCCUAACCCCAACUAUAGCUUACAACCUUCUUUUCUAUCAGAGGAUGAAAACCAAAAGGCGAGCAAAGAGGAGAUGCUGCAGGAACCAAUCAAAUGGUUUGAGGGCUUCCAGUGCAGCCAGCCUCAAGUGGACACUCUAGGAACUGCAGUUUUAGCGCGUCUGCAUCAGCGUCAUUUCCCCAGUGAAGUCGCUAGACAUACGUAGGCAAAGUCGUGUUUUCUCGGAUUAAAAAGACUCAUCUUCAGUUUCUUGUAUUUGAAUUUUUGAAGCAGAUUUCUGUUUUUUGUUUUUGUUUUUAAAAUAAGAAAAUUCUUUGUCACACACUUACAGGCACAGAUAUUUCAUUAUCAUGUCUUGUCGUGAAGGAAACUGGCCGUGGUUUUACUGUGUGAUUGAAAGAAUUAAAGCGUGCAGGCCAGCUGUCGGGUCCUAAAAUGUCAGCUAGAUUCCCCCCUAACCCUAACCCUGAUUCCUCUUGACAUACAUUAACAGCAGCUCUAUCCUGUUAGAGUCGUCUGUAUGUCUGACAUGUCCUGCAGGAUGGAUUUCCUCUCUAAUGUUGGAUUCAAAGUCUGUAAUUGCACCAAUUUCAUGUGGUCGAGUAUUGAAUAACUGGAGGCAGCAUGUGGUUUGCUAAGAUAUCACUUACACACACACACACACACACACACACACACACACACACACACACACACACACACACACACACACACUAACAGUUCCUGGUUAGACAUUGAUUACUUGAUGUAAAUGUGGGGGUUAGCGGUGAGUCCUCAGAGGCAGCCCGAGCAGAAAAAUGGAUUCCCCUUUAUUGACGAUCCAGGAACAUGCAUGAAUGCUGAGCUAUCAUGGUGCAGUGUGUGUGUUCAUGUGUGUGUGUGUGUGUGUGUGUGUGUGUGUGUGUGUGUGUGAGCAUGAGAGAGUGAGUACGUGCUCUGAGCAGUAAUACACUGCUUCAGAAAUAACCAGCAGCUUCUGUUGCUGCCUUCCUGCCUUCCUGCCCGCCUGUCUGUCUGUCUGUCCGACUGACUGACUCCAGAUCAGAUUCUGGUUACUUUAUCCGUCCAAUCAGCUCGGGUUUCCUUCCUCUCUUCUCUCCUCGUCUCUUUUCUUUCCGUCUGUCUUCUCAAAUUCAGGUUUGCUUUUGAGGACAACUGUAGCUACAGUACAUCGCCCAGUUUUCUGACUGAUAGACAGCCAUAUCUCACAAAUGUUAGUGAAGUUAUACACUUAUUUGAAAUUUGACGCCGGCAGUAUAUCUGAAAAAGUCAGAAGAGGGACGACAAAAUAUGAAAAAAAAUUAACUUGCAGGAAAAUAUCAGAACUAAUGAGGUCAGUUUACAACAGGGAGGUAACAUGAGUGGGUCCGCUCUCGAGAGGUUGACCCCCAAAUUCCACUGCAUGCGGAACAGCGGCGAUCUUCACCGUCGACUAAAUUCUACCAGAUGCAUUUGUGAAUUUCGUGGCGAAUUUCAGACGGUGGGAAUCGCAAGAAUAACCCCAACCCUAACCCACCAAAUUCAACUGGAUGUGUUUGUGAGGCGAAUUUUGUGGCAAACUUUGGAGGGCAGGAAAUUGCGAGAAUAACCCUGACUCUAACGACUCGUAUAAGGGAUGAGACGGGUCAUAGAUUAUUCUGUGAUUUUAGACUUCUAGAAUCAGAAUCUCCUCAUCCAUGGUGUCGUCGGGGUGAAAUGACGUCUAAAAACCUUUCACUUGUUCGUCUCCGCCCGUUUGCAUGGUGUGAAAUACGAGUGUUUUAUUUUGAAAAGAAGCCGGAUGUUUUAUUUUGUGUCUGUGCCUGACUUCCUUUACAGCACGGGUUAAUCUGUGCGGAAUUUAUGCGGCAUGCUGUGGCGUCUGGAAAAAAUAGAACUCUUGUGAUCGGCUAGAAAGUCCAGUGAACUACAGGGGGGCGGAAAGAAGCCUGUGAAAUUUUACACUUUCUCUUGAAAGGAAACGAUCAGCUGUGAUCAGCGCUGAUUGGCCUUUUCGCCGCCGUUCCGCAUGCGGUGGAAUUUGGGUGUGAGUCUCUCAGAAGGAAAGAUGGGAAGAGGUUAACUACUCUGUGAGAGACCGCAUGAGCUACAGUUCAACCAUUUUAGAAUAAUGUGAAAGAAUGGAGAUUCAGAGGAACUAAAGGGACAAAUACUAAAACUAAGACUGGAUGGUUUUGAUCUUCAGGGCAUUAAAAACAGACGGGACUCUGGAGUGGGAGUCACCGCAUGGGAAGGACAACUGGACUUACUUGAGACGUUUCGCCUAAGGAGAAACGUCUCAAGUUAGUCCAGUUGUCCUUUAAACGAAGAAUUGGAAAUCAUAGAUGCUGCAUCUUCAGUUUUAAAAAGUAGAGGGGCCACUCGGCUUGUUCUCAGCAUCCCUGAUGGUCUUGGAUCAUCAGAGUCCAUGUCAGGGGUAUCUUCCACAUCCGUGAAGACUUCAUUGAAGUUGAACAACAUCUUCAGGUUUAGGAGCAACAUCUGCUGACAUCCAGACCUUCAUAUUUCAGUGAGACAACGACAAACAGAAAAUAUUUGUUGAAUUAUGAAAUAAAAAGUAAGAAAAAGGAGAAACCAGGCCGUUAAUCUGGUUGAUUUUAGUCGACGACAUCCUGCUCCUCCAUCACUCUCCACCUUCUGCAGAAAAACAGAUUAGACAGGGAUGAUCAGAGAUUUUGGCAGAGCUCAAAAUUCCUCCCUUGUCACUUCCAUCUCCUUCCUCCCCCCGGUGUGGGUGUGAACAUUCCCAGCAUGCCUCUCUUCAGCUGUGAGACAGCUGUUACUCCAAGAGGGAAUAAGGGAGGAGGAGGAGAGAGGAGGAGGAGAGAGGGUUAACGCAAGACAGAGGAGAAAUAAGACAGAGGGAGAGUGAAGUGAGAUUAGGAAGAGUAAAAAAAAGAGGAAUAAGGAAGGAUUGGAAAGAAAAGGAAAAAGAAACGAUGGGCAUCCAUGUUUCUAAGAAAUGACCAAACUGUUUCCUGAUUGCUUUGUAAUAACAACAUAAUCCCCGCCUGGAUUAUGUGCAGAGACAUUGUUUUUGAGAUUGAAUGAAACGCUCUAUUUACGUCCCCGCUCUGGAUUUACAAGGAGCUCUGAAGAGAGGACGGCACACCACAGCAGAGUCUGGGGUCUGUGGUUCAGUUCAGGUGACAAGACGGAGGUGUGAGGAUUUACACCUCAGUCCUGUCAGGAAAGGAGGAACAAGGAAGGUGCUGAAAGAGGAGGAGACGCGGCGCGACGGCGAGCCAAUUUUCAAGUGUGAGGCUCAUGAGAACACGUCGCUCAAAAGAGAUCUCAGCAUGUUUGUGUCAACGGCGAAAGAGUCUGUGAUGUCACUUCAGGGUUUCUGUCAUGUGUCAGUUUGAGUUUAGAGAAACAGAAACACAAACAGCAGCAGCAGCUGUCCUCCAUAUCUGAGAGUAAUUCACAGUUUUAAUCUGGACGUCUUCUUCAUGGAGCCCGUCUGAUAAUCCUCGACACGGAGAGCAGAGUUACAGCGGCGUUACAGCGGUGAGGGACAAACUUCCUUUUAACCCUCAGAACUCACAGCUAUAUUUUACUUUUUUUGGUCGACCUCUAUGUGUCAACUCGAUCCUUUCAAGCACAGCAGAUAUUAACACAUCUUCUUCUCAGGACAACCUCAGCUGUCAGUUCAUAGGUGCAAAAAUGAUGUAAAAUAAAUGUAACAGUAGAUUCAGAAACAUCAAAGUCAACCAAAAAACAAAAACGGAAAUUGAUCCCAACAGUACUUUGCUCUAAAACCACAUAAAUCUACAGGGACCAAGCCUUUUCUCACCUGCACAUCAUUCUCUCAAGUCUUAUCUAUCAGGAGAAGAAAUAUUGGGAUUGGAACAAACACACAACAGAAACUGUUGACAUAUUUACACUAAUUCUUCCAGGCGUUUUUGACUAUUUACAGUUGUUUCUGCCACUCCUGGGAUGAGACAGAGGACCACAUCAUUCUGCUCAGAGUCUCUUCUUUGGUUGUUUCCAAACAUUAUUUCUGAUUUUGAAGACAAGCAGGGAACUUUCUCGUCUCUUGUUGAUCUUUGGUUGGCUCUUAAUGGACACUACUGUCAAGGGAACAACAGAAGAAGAAUAUGAGACCAUUUAAACGGUCAAAAGUUUGAUAGAAAAAGACGUCAUCAAAACAGCUUGUCAAACACAGAGACAUUAGCAGCAUUUAGGAAUAGCGAUUAUUGGUAAAUAAUUCUGUUUUCACCGGUAAAUCACUGUGGAUUUACCACCAAACGUCUCUGAUCAAACACCUGUUUUUGUGGCUGGAUUGUAAACCUUGUGGGAGGUGUAGAAAUUUCUGUAAACCCUCGAUAGAUCGCUAAAAGAGUAAACUUUUGAACACUUUUUACCCCGUAGAGAUACACGGUAUAGUUCCUGAGAAACUGUAAACAAUAUUAAUGGUGUCACAUGGGAUCGCCGGCGAUCCAGCGGAGUACCCUCAGACUCGUGUUAGGAGGUCAUCUGCCGAGAUGGUUGGCAGAUGACCAUCUGUGAGGAACCUGGUCUGAACCUCUCCUCUGUUUCCUCCUCAGAUGGUCGAUCCCUCCUCCUCGCUCCCUGUCUCGCCGACACGCCGGCGGCCCGGGUCCUGGAGCGAGCCGUCCUGGAGUCGCGGGUCCGAGAGGUAGAAGAGGAAAACAGGCAGAUCCGGUUGCAGCUCAGCCAAUCGCAAGGCACCGCCGCCCAGCCGCCGGACGGUAACUACGGCAACCAGCAGUGGGGGGCCUCGGCGGACACGGGACCCGAAGACGGGGACAACACCGCCGAGGAGAAGAACAACCACACAGAGUGUCCCAGAUCGCCCACCGUCCAGAAGUGCGAGGUAACGUCAGGCCUCAGCCAAUCACAGCGCUCCACUCAGAGCGAAGGAUGGAGGAGACGAGGAGGAAUAAGUCGACACUUUCACUCUUUGAAGUGUUUUCAGCCUCUGAGCUCCAGAUUUUCAAAGACUGAGCAGCUGACGUGAAUCAUAAAUAUCUCAGAGGAUAAAUAUGUGAUUUUAUUUAAGAGCGGAGUGAGGACGCAAAGAACUGAAAAAUGGAGCUUCAGAUAUUUUUGGAUUCUUAGAAGCAAAAUUUCAACAAAAAUCUUUAUAAAAGUUUCAAUAUUUUCACAGAAAUUAGUUUAAAAAGAGAAAAUGUUGCAGAGAAAGUUUGAAGAAGUGACUCCUGGAGUCCACGCCUCCUCGUGAAUCAGCUGACCCUCUCUCUCUCUCUCUCUCUCUCUCUCUCUCUCUCUCUCUCUCUCUCUCUCUCUCUCUCUCUCUCUCUCUCUUCUUCAUCCCUGCAGCUGAUCCAUGUAGCGUGCGUUUGUGCCGGUCACAACGCCAGCAGAGACGUGGUCACGCUGGUCAAGUCCGUCCUCUUUCACAGGUGAGUCCAGAAAAACUUCUUCACCCAUUUCUGUCUCCAAAUUUAAAAAAAAAGUUUACUAUAUACAGAAAAAGGAGGAAAUAAACAAAAAAUAAAAGUUUACAGAAUAACAAAAUGUGGUUUUCAAUAAUCUAUCAAUAUAUCAAAAAGGACUAAAAAUCACUUAAAUCAAUCAAAACAAGAUUUUUUAAAAGAAAACAAAACCGACAACAAACUAGAUUUAUUAAAAAAAUAGAAACAAUAAACAUUGUUUCAUAUCUACUUUCAGGAUAAAUUGUGAUGAUGUAGUGAAAUGAUUUGUCGCUACAUUUCAUGAUAUUCUGUAACUUCACGGCUAAACUUCACUAGGGGGAGGUCCUUAGGGUAAGGGUUACGAUUAGGAGAUUCAGAAUUGCGAUAAUGUUCUGUAAUGUUCUGUUCGAUGUACCGAGCGGACAGCCCAAGUUUGGCUUGAGCGUGUGAUGACGUUUCCAGCUUUUUUAGCCAAUCAGAGGCGAAGGAGGCAGGACUUUCCCCCCUACAAUCCUACAAAAAAAUAUUGCGCCCCGGAGUCUCAGUAAAUGUCGUUAAUUUGACGUUAAUUCGUCGUUAUAGAGCAAAGAAACAUCGGCACACCAGAAUAUACACGACCCGUUUAAUUCCCAGUUUUACCCACCAAGCGAAGUCCGUUUGAAACACGACUACUUUAACAGAAAACAAACCUGUUUCAGCCAUACUUUAAUUAAACUAUACAAAUAUUUCCCUUUAAAUGUUCAUCUGUAUUUAAGUUUUAAUCAACAUGUUUAUCUAUUCAGCAGCUCUCUGUAGAUCUCAUCUUUGUUCUCGUCUUUGUCUGUAAAGCUGCGGCUGACAUGACCAUCACCCGGACUUGUACAGGCUUUGAAAAUCUUUGAAUAGCUGCUGAGAAUCGAAGCUCUGAAAAGAAGAAGUUUGAGAAUGAAAGGUUGACCUUAUUGAAGGAAUGAAACUUUUAUGCAGCACCUGAAAAUCCCUGACCCCUCAGCGACACAGCAUCAGCUCCUCCCGUCUCUGAAAAGUGAAGAUGGAAUAAAUUUCUUUGAGCGAGUGAAGACGAGUUUGUGACGAUUUUCAAGUCAAGGAUUUUUCCUCCUUUUCUUGGUUUUUACUGACGUCAAUCGGCUCCACUCGUGAUUUUGUCGCAUCUUCUAAAGACGAGUGAAUACCUGUGAUUAUUUCUCCGUUUGAGGACGGGUUGAAGUAUUUUGGCAUUAAGUUGCAAAUGAAUUCUGAGUGGUGCUCUCUCUGCAGUCGGACCUCUCAAAGAGAAGCUGGUUGAGAUGUUGUUUUCUCUUUUGGACUGAUCCUUAUUUAUUUUCUGUUAAAACUUUUUCUCUCUGUCUCUCAGGAGAAAUCCUCUUCACUUCCAUUUCAUCACCGACACAGUAGCCAAUCGUAUCCUGAGUUCUCUGUUUCAGUCCUGGAUGGUGCCGUCGGUGCAAGUCAGCUUCUACGACGCAGAUGAACUCAAGGUAAGAAGACGCAGUUAAAGCACACACACACACAUGUCAGUCCUCAUCCUUUACACCUCUGCUCAUCCCUGUUUCCUGCUCAAGGUGGGUCAAAGUCAAAUCUUCAUUUUGCAUAUCAAAGAGACUCCUCUGUGCGGCAGAGAGCGGCGUUAAAUGUAUUUAUAAAUCUCCUCUAACAGAAGAGAUUCACCUCGGAGCAUCAAAGAGACGCAGAGAAGUCAAUUUAAAAGUCAGAUGCUUCGAGGAUGCUCAAACAGGAGGUUCCGGCGUCUGUGGGUGUGUGUCUGUCACAUUAACGGAGAUCAGAGGACUGAUUUAGCCGCCUCAGUUUUCACAGAUGUUAGUGCAGCGUGUGAGGGAGGGUCAGUCUGCGCUUUAGCCUCCUUCUGACCGACAAAUCACACAAGACGCUUUCGAGUAAUUAACACACGUGUGUCGUCAUUUGGUGGAACGGUGAGAUUAAAAUGAAAACAUUUUUCUUUUCUGUCAAAAUGCUCCAAAUGAUUUUAGUGAAUCACAAGCCGGGACUUCAGUUCAGCACCAGGACUCUGCUACUACAGAGCCAUGCUGUUGUAAUUCAUGCAAAAUGUAGUUUGGUAUCUCAUUGUUGUAUUAUGCAAAGUCUUUCUCUCUACCUUUGCCUCAGUCCUUCUUAAAUGUAGUAAAUCCAGCUUUAGUAGUUUGAGCCUCACUCUAUGAGACCAAAUGUCUGUAAAUAUUAUUUUAACGAAGCUGCUCAUGUUUUAUUAAACUACCUGUGUGCCUCAAAAUAAAAAGCUAUGCCGUACCCUCGGUUGUGUGUUUAACCCUCGGCUCCUACUUUGUCCAUUUUACAGACUUUUGUCUUUUUUUUAAUCUUUAUUUUGAGCUGACGGCAACAUUUUUAGAGAUUGAGACAUCAUCAAGUUUGGUGAGAGGUCUGAUUUUCUUCAUAUUAAAAUAAAAAUGGAGAAGAGUCGCCUGUCAAACUCUUUCAACACAUUUUAGCUCCAUUCAGCCAACUUUGACCGCAAAACAGACAGUAGACUUCCAUUAAAAACACGUUUUUUGACCGUGUGUUUAUGGCACCAAAACAACAUAUUGCAACUUAUUUUUUGCAAUCACUCAAUCACCAGGGAUCUAAAUUUUACUUUUCUGACAGUGAAUAUAUCACAUCGCAAAUACGUAGUACAUUUUUAUAUACACGUACAAUUUGUGUAAUCGUGGUCAUAUUUUGGUUAGAGGUGGAUAAGCGCUUGUAAAUGAUUCCUAUCUUACAUCUAUCUUCUGAUUUUUUAUGCCUGAGGUUAGAGAAAAGGAGGUGAAAUUGGCGUGUUUUUCUACUCCUGUUUAGAACGCACACUUUCUAUAUGAAUCCAAGUCUUAUGAUGUGGCGCACAAAAACUGGCAUAAAAAUGGUGAUACAUUGAAUUUUUCUUUUAUUAUAUUUUGUAAUGGUCAGGGCUGAAGUUUUUUAAGAGAUAUGAGUCAAAAAAAGUUUUAAAAAAUGUUAAAAAAAAGAUAAUUUCAUGAACACUUUUCUGCAUGUCUGUUUUGGGGACAAAGUCGACUGGAUGGAGCUUAAAAUGAACAGGAACCGAGGUUAGACCAAUUAUCAGUAAUUGUGAACAUUUCCCUACAUUUCACUGGUUAUCUUUUGUUUCCAGCAGAUCUCUGAGCGCUUUUAUCUCUGAGCAAUUGUCAGUCGUCCAUCCGGCUCUUGAAACGUUAAACAGGGUUCAAAGAUUUAGACUCUGCAGAAACAAAACGUACCUGAAUAUAACCUACGAGUAAUUUCGAGUAACCUCAGGUUGAUGAACGUGUUCUCACAUCGAUGGGAAUGUAAGAUCGACCGUGUUUGUAUCCUGCUCCGUCACAUCAUCACAUUCUCCUCCUCCCUCUCCGUCUUUGUGCUGAACAAUGACUCCUUUGUGCCGUCGGAUGUUUCGACCUGCAGCCUCUCUCUCCACUUUUCAUUAACCGGCAUUAAAGUGCAGAAAACAGACGAGACUCUAAGCCGAUUAUAUUUGCAGAUGAUGCACUUAUGCCGAUCCAAUUACUCUGAAUCAAGAGAAUUAAUUAAGAGACACUAUUUGCAGAUUCAGACAGGGAAGAAAACACGGCGAGGCUUUGCCAGAAAAUGCUGAAUGUGUCUUUGUGUCGACCCACGCAGAUUUCUGCUGCUGUGCUCCAGCAGUCACCUGAUGAUUUCUUUUUGUCUCUGUCCUCUCAGUCCGAGGUGUCAUGGAUUCCCAACAAGCAUUACUCAGGUAUUUACGGCUUGAUGAAGCUGACGCUGACCAAAGCUUUGCCCUCAGACCUGUCCAAGGUCAUCGUCCUGGACACGGACAUCACCUUCGCCACCGACAUCGCUGAACUCUGGGGCAUUUUUAGAAAGUUCACAGGUGAGACCUUUUUUGAUCCUGCUCCAGUGCGUUUCUUCACGUGUCAGAGAUUGAACCAGUGACCGAUAUUUGGAUGUUUGUGUUUGCAGAUAAACAGGUGAUCGGUCUGGUGGAGAACCAGAGCGACUGGUAUCUGGGGAACCUGUGGAAGAACCACAAACCUUGGCCUGCGCUGGGACGAGGCUUCAACACGGGUAACAGAUUCUCUGAACACGCCCACAAUGAAGUGAAAAAACUAAAACUAAGACCUUCCUGUGAUCCUGAAGUCCUCGCUCUCUUUCUUUCGCAGGCGUCAUUCUCCUCUACCUGGAGCGUCUGCGGCGGAUCGGCUGGGAGCAGAUGUGGCGGCUGACGGCAGAGAGGGAGCUAAUGAGCAUGCUCAGUACGUCGCUGGCUGAUCAGGUGAGGCAAAAACAACAAAAGCAACACUUUGAUGAGUCUGAUUUUAUAUCCAUCAACUUCAACCUCAUUAAAGUGUGACGGAUGACAGAUGUAUAAAACAGACGAUCCACACUGAGAGCUGCAGAGUCAGAGUGAGUUUCUAGGAGUUUGGUUCCUCAGAGGUGCAAACAGCUGAGAUCUGAUGUUUGUUUUUUUAAGCGUGUAACCCCCCGAAUUUCCACCAAAUCCGGAAUGGCGGCAAUUUUUCGCCGUCCACCAAUUUCAUGGGGGAUUUCUGGACAGCAGGAAUCACAAGAACUCACAAGAACCAGCAGAUUUACGCACAAUCACGGGAUUAUGAAUCUGAACUGAUAUGAAUGUCGGGGUCAGGGUGAAUGAACCAUGAAACCAACCUCCUCGUCUCUAGGGCUGCACGAUUUUUCUCUUAGAACUCGAAAUUCUGUAAAUCCUCUUCCACAGACGGUAAAACCAGACCGUUUAUCAGCUGUGUUCAUAGAUCUGUGAGUCUGUAGAAUAGUAUGUUGUAUUUUUCUCUCACCGUCUUGAACGGCUGCUAAACGUCGAUAGGAGACAUGUCGAACAAGAGCGUCGUAACUCUCCGAUCUGCGCUUCUUUGUUACUCUGAUGCUUCUCGGUCUCUGCUGUGUUUGUAGAGCUUCAAUUAGUGACCUUGAUUGUAUUCUCAAAUUCACAAUACAGUCUCUACACGCUGAGCCGCCUUUGUAAACCAUCGUACAGGCCGGGUAGUCAGAGUCCAGGUUGCCAUGGUACCGGCAAAGACACGAUAUGGCUGUUUUUAUUUUUUCUGAUGUCUUCAAGAGAUGACUCAUCUUUUCCUCCAUCCAGACAAAUGUGUGUGUUUGUGUGUGUUUGUGUGUGUGUGUGAUAUAGUCCACUUAAAGCUCUCCUCUGUCUGUCGUCUCUCUGCAGGACAUCUUCAACGCCUUCAUCAAGCAGAACCCCGUCCUGGUGCACCAGCUGCCCUGCUUCUGGAACGUUCAGCUGUCUGAUCACACCCGCUCCGAGCAGUGCUACACCGAGGUGUCCGACCUCAAGGUACACACUCACACACACACACACACACACACAGUAUGAUGUACUGCUGGGGCCAAAGGGCUGACUCUGUCCUCCGGGGACUCAGCGGUCUGUCAGGGUUCAGUCUGUUCUUGUUACAGAGCUGCUGCUGCUGCACAAACACACACCAGACUCCUGAAAACUCUGAUUUUUUUCAUGCAAACCCCCUAGAGGAAGUUCUGCAAGAAGUCAGGUCCAUUAUUUAAAGGUACAGUGCAUAGAAAUGGUAAUAUUCGUAAUAUCAGGGAGUCAGAUUCGAUAUGGAAAUGCUCCCUUGCUCACCUCUAGCAUCGAUAAAGUGACAGAGGCCUAACAUCUGCUAAUAACUUGGAAACUUUAACUCCACUCACUCAUCCAGAGCCCUCUGUGAACAGCGAGUAAGGCUAUCGUAUUUGUCCUGCAGCCAGCGUAGGACUAAAGCGUCACACUGCCUCUGAAUCUUCGUCAGGAUUUAACUUUUCCACCUUGAGAGUGAGGAAAACGCCCGUCAUGUGAAUGAAAAAGUCUAAACUCCCCCUAACUUGUAAAACUGAUGUUACUCCAACGAGAGAGAGUCUAAAUUUUCCUGCUGUGUUUUCAGGUGAUUCACUGGAAUUCUCCGAAGAAGCUGCGGGUCAAAAACAAACACGUGGAGUUCUUCAGGAACCUCUACCUGACCUUCCUGGAGUACGACGGAAACCUGCUGAGGAGAGAGCUGUUCGGCUGCCCGAGUCAGGCCAGUCCAGACAGUGUCCAGGUGAGACACACACACACACACACAGAUAUAUUUGAUGAUGUUCACUGAGGUCUCCUCCUCUCUGGAGUCCGACUGAUGCUGAAGCCAGGAUUGAUUUUUGAGACUGACUCGUAUCUCUUAACUGUUGGCUGGUGUUCAUAUAAUCACAUCAACACUUUCAGGAAGGAUUCCAAUUAAAAACAACAAUAUUCAAUCUUCACAGCAGGAGAGCGGUUCGAUUUCUCACUCUAGAGCACAAAUGUUGCUGCCAUGGUAACAGAGACUCAGUCCAGUUUUGUUCAUGCGGAUCGAUAGCUUUGAGAGAAAAGGAAAGACGCUUAAGAACGAGCCGUCCAGAGUAAACCAGCCUUGGUAAGAUUCUCUCUGUGUCUCUUCAGCUGCAGACGGCUCUGGAGGAGCUGGACGAGGACGAUCAGUGUUACGACUUCCGGCGUGAGCGUCUCACGGUCCACAGAGUCCACCUCUACUUCCUGCAGUACGAGUACACGCCCACCGAAGACAACACGGACAUCACGCUGGUGGCUCAGCUCUCCAUGGACAGGUCGGUGCUGCAGACCUUACUCAGUUCUUCUUCAUGGUUGUUGCUAAUAGAAAGGAGAUGAAGAAGAAGCAGGAGCAGCCGCUGGUUAGCACAGAUAAUAAGACACACAACAGUAAAAAUGUCAAAAUAAAAGCUCCUGAAAAACGUUUUUUUCUGCUGUAAAAGUAAAUAAUUUGAUUCCUACAGAAGCGUUUCACUUCAGGAUAUCAUUAUUUAGUCUUAGAUAAGUUUUAGUCAGAGUCGACCCCGGUCAUUCCACCUCUGUAACGCUCAUCUCUUCCUCCGUUCAGGCUGCAGAUGCUGGAGGCCAUCUGUAAACACUGGGAGGGUCCCAUCAGCCUGGCGCUCUACAUGUCCGACGCCGAGGCUCAGCAGUUCCUUCGAUACGCUCAGGCCUCAGAGGUCCUCAAGAACCGCAAGAACGUGGGUUACCACAUAGUCUACAAAGAGGGUCAGUUCUACCCGGUCAACCUGGUGAGGAACGUGGCGCUGAAGAACGCCAACACGCCGUACGUGUUCCUGACUGACGUGGAUUUCCUCCCCAUGUAUGGCCUCUAUGAUUACCUCAGGUAAAGUCUGGUACUCAGUGAUUAAAUAUGAAACCUGGUUCCUUUAUGAGCGGUGACUCACCUGUGUCUACCUGGUCCCUCUCUGCAGACGGUCUGUGGUGCAGCUGGACAUGGAUCACACCAAGAAAGCUCUGGUGGUUCCAGCUUUUGAGACGCUUCGCUACCGCCUGUCCUUCCCCAAAUCCAAAGCCGAGCUGCUCUCUAUGCUGGACAUGGGGACUCUCUACACCUUCAGGUACCUGGGCGGGAAAAACAAACACCUUCAUGUUGAUGUUUGAGGGAUGAAUCAUGCAGAAACCGAGUCCUUCUCCUCCCCCUCCAGGUACCACGUGUGGCCCAAAGGUCACGCCCCAACCAACUAUGCCAAAUGGCGAACAGCCACCACGCCGUACAAGGUGGAGUGGGAGCCGGACUUUGAGCCGUAUGUUGUUGUGAGGCGAGACUGUCCCGAGUACGACCAGCGCUUUGUGGGCUUCGGCUGGAAUAAGGUGUCCCACAUCAUGGAGCUGGAUGCACAGGUACGUCUGCUCCAAAAAGACCGCUGACAGCCGGCUUAUUAAUCUUUUUUCAUAAAACCUAAUUCAGUAUUUUUGAUCAGAAAUUUCUAUAAAAAGUUCAACCAGUUCUGGAUCCAGGAUUAGUUUUUACUGUCCCUUCAGAGCCAGCAGAAAGCCUGGACUUCAGGGAUGCUCCUGAAUGGCUGUCAGUUGUUUGGAUGGAAAAACUCCAAUUUACAAACUGCUCCAGUUUUAUACUCCAGUUUAACCCGACAGAGGAUUCGUCUUUAACGUCAGAUCCUGAAAGAAUAAACAGCCAAAACUUUAACGGGUUUUAAGACACCAUCUGUUCUCUGAGCUCGUUUACAUCCAGGUCGUAAAGCAUCGUCGUAUUCUGGCUGGCUGGGCCGGAGGAUGACGGCUGCACUACAACAAUUAUAAAAAUGUUAAUAAUCCUUUCAGUCGAGAAGGAGCUAGCUCAGAUCUCCAAUCAACAUUUUCAUUUCUGCUGAUAAAGAUGAACUGUGUCACGUGAAAGAAGUUCCCGAGGUUUUUUUGAGUCGGCCUCUAGAGGACACUCAAGGAACUGCAGUUUUUUUAGGCGCUGUAGUCAUCAGAUUGUUCUGGGCCGGAGAAUGACGGCCGCACUACGACAAUUAUAAAAACGUUAAUAAUCCUUUAAGUUGAAAAGGAACAAGCUCAUUUCUUUAAUAAACAUUUUCAUUUCUUCUGAAAAAAAAGAUUUAUUUCACGUGAAAGAAGUUCCCGAGGUUUUUUUGAGUCGCCCUCUACGGGACACUCAAGGAACUGCAGUUUUUUAGGUGCUGCGCGGUUGUAAUCAUGCAGCACCUUGUCAUUUAUAACUAUCAGCAAAGUUCCCGUAAUAUUCAGACUAUAAGGCGCACUUAAAAUCCUUCAAUUCUUUCAAAAAUUGACAAUGAGCCUCAUGUAUGAUUACUUGUUGUGCUUACUGACUGGUUUUAUGUGGUACAAUGCGCUCAAAAAUCUGUCCAAAUGUGAAAGUACAAAGCUGCUCCGCUUAAUGGAUAUUCAGAGCAUUAUGGUACGCUGUGUCACGACCUGAUCGGCCCUGACUGUAAUGUCUAAACUAGAAGUGUGUUCAUGACCCGGGGUAUGUGCUAGCAACAAUAAACCAAUCAAUGCACCAAUGCUUAAUGCGCCGUAUAAUCCGGCGCCCGAUUAAUACAGUAAUUGCGAACCAACCUCCUGUGUUUCCGUUUCUCUGCAGGAAUACGACCUGAUGGUUCUCCCCAACGCUUUCAUGAUCCACAUGCCCCAUGCUCCCAGCUUCGACAUCUCCAAGUUUCGCUCCAGCUCCAGCUACCGCAACUGUCUCAACACCCUGAAGGACGAGUUCCACCAGGACCUGUCCAGGAAGUACGGAUCGGCUGCUCUCAAGUACCUCACCGCCCAGAGAAACAUCUAAAGACCAGAACCGCCGAGAGGACGCCAGUCUGUCAGCCUUCGAGAUCCUGACCUGACGUGGCCUGAGAGCUCUGACGCACCGAGCCACGCCGCGGUCUGCUAAUGCCGCACAGCACAAACUCUGAACGUAAAGCUUUACAGCCCCUGUGGGACAUUUCCGGGCUCCUGUGCAUUAGUUCUCCGGUCGACUCCACCCAAAGGCGACAGAGGAUGAGAUGCAGAGACCAAAAAUCAGACAGAGAGAGGAAGAGGAGGAGGAGGAGGAGGAGGUUUUUCUAAGCGCAGGACUCACUGAGCUGGAGGAGGGAUGGACGAGCAGCAAUCGGACUAGCUUUAAGGCCAGGAAAGAACAUUUUCUUACAAUCUGUUCUGACAAUCAGGGCUUUUCCCAGCAGACACAGCGAGAACCGAGCCGUCCACGCUGAGAUCUGACCACGACCGGACACGUGUCGUUCUGGGGAAAGAGAGGUUUGAGUGUGUGAGACAGAUUCUAGCCUUAUCACUUUCCAUGAUAUUUACAGAGAUAUUUAAAGAUAUUUUAAUUUCUCUUUUUUUUUCAGUGUAAAUCAAAACCAAUGAAAUAACGAACAUUUACCAAGUUUUGAUUACGACUUUUCACAAGAAUCGGUUUAUUUUUCCUUUCGAUAUUUUCUGACCUCUUUGAGAGAAAAUCCAUCACGUCCUGGUCGAAUUAAUUCAGAUUUUCUGUGAGCUUCAGGGAUGUGCUGUGAGUGUGUGUGUGUGUGUGUGUGUGAGAGUGUGUGUGUGUGUGUCAGAGUAAAUGAUAUGAUCCAGCUGCAUCACACGGCUCGUCUUCAACACGCUUUACUGAUUGUCGUUCCGUCAUUAAGUCGCUCCGUCUCCAUCGUGUGUUUUUGCAUGUAAAAGGUCGCACGUUUUUUUUUUUGUCACAUGGGAACAUUUUACUUUUUUUUUUUUUUUCAAUCCUUCAUGAAUCUAAAAAUCUGAAUUCCACCCAAACGAACCGAUCGAUUGUGACUGAAGGGACCAACUCUGACAUCUGGAGGGAGUUGAUAAAAUGAAUCUAUCAGACGUCGUCGUAAUCGUUGAUUCGCUUUAAUACUUUUUAACACCACGUGCUCGGAAAGGAUGAAAUCUCGGAGAGUUUCGACAAAUCGUCGUAUUUUUCCCACAUGGAGGCGGGGUCAGGGGUGUUUAUUUAACAGAGAGAAAGAAAACUGAGCGGUGAGCAUUAUCUGGUUGUUUCAUCACGAUUAUGCUCUAAAAAAAGUUUGAAAAACUUUCGCCCCUGAAGUUUCGCCUCUUCCUGCGUGCUGCGUGUCUCUCUGCUCCGCCCUCCAUCACAGCAUCAAAUAUCACAAUGUGGAAAAAGGUGUCACCCCUAAGAUGUCCAUAAAUCAAAAAUACAAACUUCACAAAACACUUCCUCUGAAUUAUCUACGAUUAAAUAUUUAGUUUUGGGUCCUCCAUGGGAUCAGUUUCAGUGAAGUUUGUGUUUUUCUUUAAUUUAAACUAGGGUGACCACACGUCCUCUUUUACCCGGAUAUGUCCUCUUUUUUGGGGGCUGUCCAACUUUGUCUGGGGGAGUUUAUAAAAUCCUUCAAAUGUCCGAGGGUUGUGUAUGGAAGUUUUGAGUUUGUGUCGCAUGGACUAACUGAGUUAGAAGCGCAUAAAAAACACAACAAACUCUCAAAAUCUCUGUGACUCCGCCCCCGUGUAGUUGUGUGCUCUUUUUGGGGAUGGUCACCGUAUUUAAACCGCAGACGGUUUGUCUUCAGUGACUUCCUACACCAGAACUUUGAGCUUCUAAAGUAAGAAUUUUCCGUUGCAGUGGUAUUUAACAGGUAUCGGUAUAAUUCAGGUUUUAUUGAUCCUUAGUUGUGACGUGAAGCUGCAGCUCGAGGAGUUUUCACUCUCUCGUGUUCGUGCAGUUUGAUCUCAAAAAGUCAAAAUCACUGGAUGAUAUGUGCCGUCUACUGAACCUUUUAUUCUCGCUUCUUUUGAGAGUUUUAGCUGAGAUGACAGAAUUUAUCCCUCCCAGAGAAAUGAGACAAAAUCUGACAAAACCAAAGAUAGUACCCGAUAGAGAAGUAAUCCGUUUAAAUCAGCGGACGUAGUUUCUGUGUCUGAAGAGAUCGGAAAUACUGACUCCAUCGAACACAAGCGAAGAUUUGUGGCUGAAGCUAACGUCUGUGACGACCUUCCUGUGAAAUCAUCGAGGCCCCGCUGGGUAAAAAUAAAAAGAUAUUUAGACCGUGACCUUAAUUCUGCACCAGGCUGUGAAGACGUUUAACUCAGCGUUUAAAAACGUGCAUUUCAACAUGUUUGUUUUCGUGUUUGGAGCCUCAAGUGGACAUUUGAGGAACUGCAUUUUUAGCACUUCUGUAUUCGCUUCGAUUUCCAUCACCAGCCGAAUUUGAUCAAAAGUUUCAGUCGGACUUCAACUUCCUUUUCCUCAUCUUGGUAUUUAUAAAACAAGAUCAUCUCAACAUGAUUUCAUCAAUAUUGAAAUUAGUUUGACCAAAACUGUUGCUGAUAAAGGCGUCAUCGACGAGUGCAUCUCAAGGUCACUCACUCCUGAUCAGUCAUCUCCGUUUGUGUUUAAAUCAUAUUUUUGUUUGUCGUUAAUUUCCACGAUCCUCGCCGUGUUCGGACCGAAGGCAGGAAGAGGAAAGUCGACUGUAAAGGCAGAGUAAACCUGAGUGUUGGCGUGUGUGUGUGAGUGUGUGUCAGCUGCAGGCUCGCACAAAGGUGGAGAGGGAAGGCGUGAGCGUGCCGUGGAGAGCCCGACCCCCCUUCGACCCCCACCAUCUGCACCGCCUCCAUUGACGUGUUGUUGAUCGUGGUAAAUGCUAGUGCCUUUGCUGUAUUGUGAAACUGGAUAUUGAUUGUACUGUUGUUGCGACAGGGCCUGGGGAAAGUCAGGCACUCUAUUUAUUAUUGUUGAUUCAAAUCAAUCAUAUUUUUCUAUGUAAGUGCUUUAAAUAAAUUUGCCCUUUUAUAACCGCGCUGUCUGCUGUGUUUUUUAUUUUAGUUUGUGUUUUUUUUUUAUUUUCUCCGAGUCAGCCAAACUUUCCCUCUAGACUUUCCAUUAAAUUAAAGUUAUUCCAGGAUUACUGGGACCUCUCACCCCUGCAGGCCAAAGAACAUUUCUGCUUUUUAUAAAGUCUGCAGGCUCAGUGCUUUAAGCCUGUAUGAACCCUCCAUGUGUGUAAUUGGUCCCACGAAAAUUUCAAACAAACUAAAUUAUUUUGGACGGACAGAGAAGUCUCCGGAGAGUUUUUGUCCUCUUCAGAUACAAACUACAUUUUUAUUUCACUGGAAACAUCAACUUUUCCUGCAGUUUUUUAAGAUUUGGUGGAAGUUCAAGUUUAUCCAAAGAUUCAGAUGUUCGCUCUCUCAGACGUGCCGCCCCAACAUGAGCUUCAGGGAAUAGAAACAGUUGGCCUCAAACACACCGAUAUGUUGGAGUUGCACAUCUGCAUUCCCUCCUCUGCAGUACUAGAGAUGGGGAUGACAAUACUGCACCCAAUAUGCACCACCAGCAGCAGCAAAGACAUGUAUCAUUAAUAAGAACAUGAAGAGGGAGGCAUGUAGUUCUGCAGAAACAGCAGUGAGCCCUGAACACUGACUGAGUUUCUACCUGAGGAAGGAAAUCGAAUUUGAAAGAAAUUGUCAGUUAAAAUAAACGUGUUUGAGAGGACUCGCGUAAUUUCCCAUUUGCAUGUCAUGGUGAUUUAAACGGUACUUAGCGGCUCAGUAGAUUUAUCUUCAACACGUGAAAUUUUAUAUUUAAAUCUCGCCCUGCUGAAGGGAUUUGACCGCUGCAGGUUCGUACAUAGGCCUGAUUCAUUUGCUGCUCUGCUCUGGCCACAGCUCCCAUCCUGAAAGAGGAAUAAGAUCGAUGCGUGUGUUCACGUAAGAGUCUCAAAAUGACAGAAAAAGAGGCUAGAUUUGUCACUCGUCGCUAAGAGGGUCUGAAAAGUCACUUAAUAUAGCGACAAAAUGGCAACACUGGUGGUUUGUGAGGAGAUCUUUGCAGGAGUAGCUGAAUUUUUUUUCAGUUUGAAGCCUGACCUGAGGAAAACUUAGCAAGGAAACUUAAACGACACCGUCACCAAGGAGAUCUUUGCAGGAGAAGCUAAAAACAAAAGUGUGUAAGAGCAGAUUUUUGUCAUAUGUUCUGUUUAUUUAGUGUUUCCCUGUGAUUUGAGCCUAUUGUCUGAAGUGUUUCCCUUAGUUUUCUGUACUUCCUGUUUUAUUUUGUAGUAGUUUAUUCCUUGUGUUUCUCAUCUUGUUUUACUUCCUCAGUUUUCUCUCCUCUGUAAUUGUCCUCACCUGUGUCAUUGUGUGGUAUGUAUGUCGAUGCCUCUGUGUGUCUCAAGUGUCUUCUGUUGGUUUUUGACCUUUUGGACUUUUAGUUGGACAUGUCUGGAAGUCCAGUGGCCACAUGGAGGAAAAGAGGUCAGGGUUCGGUUCAUUCUGCCAACAAUAGAGCACAGAAACACUAGGGAAAAUACACUCAAAUCACAGGGAAACACUAACUAAACAGAAUAUAUCAUGACAGUUUUUGCAGGAGAAGCUGAGAGUUAAAGAGCUUGGACUUAAGGUUAGAGUUAGAAGAAAAUGCUCCAGCUGAUCUUGUGAAUCCUCUGCUUUAGAGAGUAAAGAGAAGACAAAGCACUGAGACCUUCAGACAGACCUCAUCCUGCAGACUUUACUCAGAUAAAGUUUUUUUCUGAUGGUCUUGUUUGUUUUUCUGAGUCCAGUUGUCUUAAUUACCCAAAAGUAUUUUUCUGUCUGUUCUAUAACCAACGAAGAAAUCCUCACCGGAGCUUUAGAGACUUUGAAAACUGACGUAGAAAAGUCAGGAGGACUCUGAAACCUCCUGCUCCUUAUCAACAGUACAGAGUUUAAAAAUACAUGUUUGUUUGGUUUUCUGAGUUUAUCAAUUUAUAAGAGUUUCUACAAUUCUGACAGAAGCUGGGAAAUUCAGUUUGCAGCUGUGACAACCGUGGAGGGUCUCAGCUGUCUGCAAGGAUCACUAAUCAAAGCAUGAAUACGAUGUUCAGACACGUUCAUCAGAUGAACUUGAAUACAUAGGGGUGCCGCUCUUCUGGGUCAAGCCUCUGUACGCAGCAGCAGCAGAACUGUCACAGUCCUCUCCUUUACAGCCACCAUAAAAACCAAACAUCUCCUCCUCCUCCUCCUCCUCCUUUUCCUCGAGCUGCCUCUUCACAGAAAUCCACCCUCUUCUCCCCUCAGGCUUCUCAGCAACACCUUAUCAAUUAUUAGCCUGCCUCCUGCAUGUAGGCCAAUCACCCCAUAUGCACAGAGUGUCAGCAGACAGGCUGCACAUAUGCACGAUGAUUCAUUGAAGAGAGCUUCAAACAUGCAGCCAGGCCUGCAGUGUGUGUUUUUUCUCCUCUGAAGAACUACAACACUCGCUCGUGUUAUUUCACAUACAUGUUCCCGGGUCCUUCCAGCAGAAGAAACGCAGUAAGGAGGAGGAUCAGUUUCUCUUUAACACGAUUCGCUGAGGCUCGCUGAUGUCAAAGAAAAUAACAAACAUUUACUGGAGUCUGGUGGCGUUGAAGACGGAAACAAAUCCGUAUUUUUCUUCUUUAAAAAACAGUUUUUUCUCCCUCUGACUCUGCGGGGGUCCUCGCUGAAAUGUUGUAAGACUCUUGGACACAAUCAUCCCAGCCUGUAUGCGGCAGAAAAAAAACACUCUGCUGAAGUGAAUUUCCUCACAAAGGAUAAUUUUACAGCCAUUACGGACACAUUUCCCGGCCAAAGCAAUCUGAUCGUGUAAUUCCAAUAAUGUCAACCCCAUAAUGACAAACCAGAGCCAUCUGAUGUAUAACAUAUGCAAGAGCCAGAAGAGAGCAGACCCGAGGAAAUCAUCACUAUUCCCCCAACAUGUCAUCAACAUAUUUGGAUUCAUGUCGAUGUAAAUGGAAGAGUCCCAACGAUCCAAGUCCA